CUCCAGUCCCCCGGCGGAGGAGUGGCCGCUCAUCGCCGCAGCAAGUAGACCCGGUUGGAGGAGGAAGAAGGCGGGAGGGAGGGAAAAGAGGCAGCGGCUGGCUGGACGGACGGACCCACGAACAGGGUGGCUGUUGCUUGUCGCCGGCGCCUGCCCAGCUCAGAGACACUGCCAUCGCCAUGAGCGAAACAGCCGACGCCCGCGACUACGUCUCCCGCCGGGAGAUCCCGCAGCUUUUUGAGGUGAGCCAGCCACUUGGAUCGCCUGUGCGCUCCUUCUCUGCUGGUCUCCUUUCGGGGUGGCGUUGCCGGGGUAGCCUUGCCACCUGUUUGCCAUGUGCGCGGUCGCAGCUGAAGAAGAGCGCGUCCACCACCUCCUCCUCUGAGCAUGCACAAAACGCCCCUUUGCCUCGUGGUCGGGACAUGAGGGAGGCGGGCGGGCAGCUCGCCCGGUUCUCCGCUGAUUUGAACGCCAGGGCUGGGUCCCCUGGAAUCUGGCCACAAAAGGUAGACCUGUCGGGGGCUCAACUGAGGGCAGUGUUCAGGAAGGCUUGUUUCCGCACCCUGACAAAUGAUAGCCCCCAAAUUAAGUCCCCGCUGGCGAGUUAAAAGUUGGGUGGGAAGAUUGUGCCCCAUAAGCAUGUCCAGAGCAACUCACGCCUCAUGUUAGCCGUCAUCCCUGUUUUGUAAUGGGCUAAGAUCUGGGAAAGCAGAGUUCAAAUCUUUUCUUGGCCAGCCAUGAAACUUCCAGAGUGACCUUUUGCCAGUCACAGCCUCUCAGCCUAACCUACCCACAGCAUAGCUGUCAACUUUCCCCUUUUCUUGCGAGGAAUCCUAUUCGGAAUAAGGGAAUUUCUCUUAGAGAAAGGGAAACGUUGACAGCUAUGCCCCACAGGGAGGUUGUUGUGAAUAAAAUGGGGAGGUUGGUAACCACGUAAACCACCCUGAGGUCCUGGGAGGGGGUGGGGGAUAUAAAUGUAAUACAUAAAAAGACCCAGGAGUGAUGUGUCCCAUGUAUUAAUAUGAAGAACAAGCAAGUAUCUUAGCAUGUGCCAAGUGCUAACGCUCCACUAUGCAUUUGAGGUUACAACACCACGGCUUCUGGGUCAAGAGAACCUAGCAUGCGUCACCUCUGAGAAAUCAUUGAGCAGCAUGGAAAAUUCCCUUUGGCAGAGGAGAGUGAGGGAUAAUGCCCCACCCCCAUGCCCUCAGGUGUUUGUUUCUUGACCACCUUUGCAUGGAGAAGAUAUGUGCCUGCUUGAUGCCUCGACAGCUUAGCAACCUAGCUGGCAUUAACCUGUAUUGAUUGCUAAAUGAAUUGACUCAAUUAUUGCCCUCUUGAAAGGGAGCCUAUGUGAUCAAGCUGUUAAGCUGCCAUUAUUGUGAGACCCAGGGAGCUGUUUUUAAUAAACAAGACAGAAAUCAACGUCCAGAGGGAAGUACCUUUGUUGUGAGGAACUUUCUUCAUAUGGCUGGUUUUGUAUUUGGCUCCUUGUCACAGUCAAUCAGGUCCCCGCAGAGCCAGUAAUUAAAGAGGAAAUGUGAGGCUCCAAUCCAAAACACAGUUCCCAGGGGUGUAAGCACAGCUGAGGAACUUACAGAAUGCUUUUCUUAUACAGUGGUACCUGUACAUACACUUCAGGAUACAGACUCCACUAACCCAGAAAUAAGAACUUUGCUUCAGGAUGAGAACAGAAAUCGUGCUCCGGCGGCGCGGUGGCAGCGGGAGGCCCCAUUAGCUAAAGUGGUGCUUCAGGUUAAGAACAGUUUCAGGUUAAGAACGGACCUCCAGAACGAAUUAAGUACUUAACCCGAGGUACCACCAUAUGUGUUGACUUGCACAAGUGCUGGUGCCCCAUAAAAAAAAUUCCCAUAGCAUUUAAUAGGGAAAGACAUUAGCUUUGCAUGCAGGAGGUCCAAAGUUUAACCCCUGGCAUCUCCAGGUAGGGCAGGGGAAAACCUUUGUCUAAAGUCCUUUUGACUUCAAAGGGGCUUACUCUCAGGUAUAGGACUGCAGCCUUGCUUAUUGUGGCUAGCAGCCACUGACAAAUCCCAUUCUGCAAAUGUAUCAAAUACCCUUGGGAAGCCGCAAGCCAAUUCACAUCCUGGGGCAACAGAUUUUACAAUGCAGGAUUGGUGCCAGCAUAUUGCUCUGCUUUCCUUUGGACCACCUCAGUGAAGCCAAGAGGAAGGUCUUGCCAUCUGGGUCUUGCCUAAGUCCACACACACUGCCCAGGGAGGCCACUUUAGUUUUGCCAACACAGUGGCUUGACUUCACUUGGAGGCACACUCCAUUGUCUCUCACGACAGACGGAUGACGAGAACAACAACAACAGCAACAAGAACAAUGGGGAACUUUUUUUCAAUCUGAGGGCCUUGUUGUCUUCUUCUGAUGGGUAGAAGGCACUGGCCAGUGGUGGAAGGGCCAGAGACAAGAGUUGGCAGAGCAAGGAAUGUAAAUAUUACGUUAGUCUGGUAGGCUUCUUUUCACACAAUCUCACAACCAGGGGCGUAGGAAGGGGUGUGCUGGGUGUGUGGUCUGCCCCGGGUGUCAUGCCUAAGGGGGUGACAAAAUGGCACACCACGGGGGGGGGCACUUACUGCGGGGUCUGACCUGCAGUGCGCCCGAGCCACGCGUCUCUCCUGCGAGUGACACAGUGACUUGGGCCCCCGUGCUGCCUAAAAUGGCAGCGUGGGGCUUGCGUCCGCCAGGCGGACUCUGUGGGCGGAUCGCCACCCCACCCCCAUGGGCAGAUCGCCCCGCCCUCACCACCCUGGGUUACGGAGCAGCUAGCUACACCCCCUGUUCACAGCACCCUGCUCUGCCAUACAUCCAGGCAAGCAUUCAACAACACCUAAGAGGGAGCAGUCGUGAGUAUGGCUGGGGAGAGGCUGUAGUAAGGGGGAUAUCUCAAGGGCCAAACAAAAAGACUUUGGCCCCUGGAUCUCAGGUUCCCUCCUCCAAUGCCCCUGUUAUAAUGGAUGAUAUGAUUAUGUAUCCCCCUUUCCACUGCUCUGUAGUAAUUCAAGGUGUGUUUACACCAUUGUAGCAUCCCAACACAGUAACUGUCUCCAUGGCUAAACCCUGGAUUCCUCUUUCCCAGACACACCUCUUACCAGAGCAUACAAAGUGAGGGACGGGACGAUUUUAUUCUGAGGCAAGGGUGAGGAACCUUUUUUCUGUAGAGGACUACAUUCCCAUCCACCCCUGCAGGGGUAAAACAGCAAAAGGAACCAUAAGUUUUUGGCUCCAUUCUUGUUUCCACAUUAAUUAGUCUGUGUCAUUUAAAUAAGCUACAUGCAUUCAUAUUUCUAUAUGGCUUGGAACAUGUACUUAAAUGCAACUUCCGUCAUUAAUUAUGGGUUGCAAAAUGUAUUUAAAUGCAUGUUAAAUACAUUUAAUGUGGGACAGUGGUUAAGAGUGUCACACCAGGACCUGGGAGAGACCAGGGUUUGAACCCCCACUUGGCCAUGAAGCUCACUGGGUACAAUCAUGGGCAAGUCACUGCCUUUCAACCUAACCUACCUCACAGGGUUGUUGUAGGGUUUAAAUGAGGAGGGGGAGCACCAUGUAUGUCACCUUGAGCUCCUAGGAGAAAACAUGGGACAUAAAUGCAAUAAAAUAAUAAUAACUAAAAAUAUUUUAUCGUAAGACGUAGUUUUAAUUUCAAGUUGGUUCAAGAUGAUAAACAUCAGAUACAGUAGAGGCUUUGGUAAUACAGCGCCCUGAGCAAGGACAAAAUUUGGCACACCCCCCCAAAAAAAAUAUUUCCUUUCUCCCCACAAUUAUUUAUUUUGGUACUGUUACUUUUUUAAUGGACAUCCUUGGUAGGUACCCAUAUAAAUAGAGGUGGUAUUAUUAUUAUUAAUAGUAGUAUCAGCAUCAUUCUGUGCCCCCUCAGCUUCACACCCUGUGCAAGAGAACCAGCCAGCACCUCCAGCGCUGACAUAGGGUUAGCAAGACAGCCCCAGCAGAGAAAAAACACAGUAUGUGUGGACCUAGACUGUGCCAGUUAUUUAUUUAUUUAUUUAUUUAUUUAUUUAUUUAUUUAUUUAUAUUCCAGUAUAAGCUACACCCCUGUUCACAUUUAUAAAUGUAAUUUAUCCUUAAAAAAAGAAAGAAAGGUAUAUUGGUACCUCCCCCCCCCCCCUUUUUUUUUUUCGGCGCUGAAAUCAGCAUUGCAAAAUCUGGAGAACUGGGAAAUCCAAAGGAUAAGUUUAAUACUCCAAUCUUCAGUCUGUGAAUUAGGCUGCAACCCAAACUCCAUCCACAGAUUUGUAUGACUUUAUGGAGUGGCCGGGCUGCUGCCACAUCCACAGACACAUGGUGGCUGUGGCAGAAGUGGGGAAACACAGGGAUCGGGUCUUGAUCAGGCCCAGCGCCGUCACACAGCAGUGGUGGGGCCAACUCAGGAUCCGAUGGAUCCCCUUGGGGGCUUCCACUGGCCACUGCUGGGGAGAAUCCUGCCCGUUUGGCAUGCAGAUGGGGAACUUUGCACUCACUGUGGCCUCACCCCAUCAGUAGCAGCUGGUGGGAGGCCUGCUUAGCUGGCACACCUGGGAGGGGGGACACUACGGGUGUGUUGGAUUGCCCUGUUCAUUUGGAACAUGCACAUUGGGUCAGUUUGUUUACAAAUGUAUAUGCAAUUGUCCACUAUUCCUACCUGCACACAUGUUUUGGAAUCAUAAAUCUACAGCCUUGAUUUUGAUUUUUUAAGAUUUUUUUUUUGAAUGACCAGUUGCAACUCACUUCAGUUCAUUUCAAAGAAUCACAACCUCCACAAAUAAUAAUAAUAAUAAUAAUAAUAAUAAUAAUAAUAAUAAUAAUUUAUUAUUUAUACCCCUCCCAUCUGGCUGGGCUUCCCCAGCCACUCUGGGCGACUUUCAACAAAAUAUUAAAAUACAGUAAUGCAUCAAACAUUAAAAGCUUCCCUAAACAGGGCUGCCUUCAGAUGUCAUCUAAAAGUCUGGUAGUUGUUGUUCUCUUUGACAUCUGAUGGGAGGGUGUUCCACAGGGUGGGUGCCACUACCGAGAAGGCCCUCUGCCUGGUUCCCUGUAACUUGGCUUCUCGCAGUGAGGGAACCGCCAGAAGGCCCUCGGCGCUGGAUCUCAGUGUCUGGGUAGAAUGAUGGGGGUGGAGACGCUCCUUCAGAUAUACUGGACUGAGGCUGUUUAGGGCUUUAUCUGUUGUUGCAAUGCAAUGCAGAAGACAUCUAAUUAAAGAGCAUUGGAAAACAUUGUCCUGCCCACUUUUGCCCUCUACUGGCAUGUGGCCUUUGGAAGGUUGCAUGGAAGAGAACAUCAGCAUGGUGCUCUCUGAGUGUGGUUGGACUCCAGCUCCCAUCAGCCCCAGCUACUAUGGCCAGAGGUCAGGAAUGGUGGGAGCUGGAAGCCUGGAGCAUCUGGAGGGCACCAGGUUGGGGGCCCUGAUGUACACCAUUCUAAGCUCAUGGUGGGGCCAGAGGCACAAGUGGGAGGAGCUAUGGAGGUGACCCUUAUGGCAGAGCCUCCAUUCCAGCUACGCUAAAGUCAGAAUCAUAGAACUGUAGAGCUGGAAGAGACUAUGAGGGUCAUCUAGUCCAACCCCCUGCAAUGCAGGAAUCUUUUGCCCAACAUGGGGCUCAAACCCAAACUCCUGAGAUUGUGCGUCUCAGGCUCUGCCAACUGAGCUACCCCAGCUCAGAGGUUUCUGCACACACCUCUCUCCACCCAGAAAAGCCUAGAGGCAUUACCACAAUUCAAGGACAAUUUCCAGCCGGACAAAAGCACUUGAGGAGAGUGCCAAUGGUGCUCAUGAAUAUCCAAACAAGCUGACAGUUUUCUGUAGAAAACUAGUUGCUCCUAGAGAUAACAGACCUGAAAAUAAUCUAUUCUCCUGUUUUCGCCCCCCUCCCCCCGCCGGAGUUUCCAGUUUCUAUUGAGCCGAAAUCUCUUGGUGUCACAUUUGCAAAUGAUUCCCAACCCAGUAUUAGCAGUUUUACAGUGGGGUUUCUCCUUUGGAACUCCCUUGGUUUGUUUUUUUUUUUUUUAAUUAAUAUUUAUUAAAGUUUCAGAACAAAAUAGAAUCACAUUAAUAAACAAGAGUAAUUUAAAAAGAAAAAAGAAAAAUACACAAUACAAAAUACAAAAAGAUAAAAAGAGAAAGAAAAAAAACAGUUAAAAACAAUUCCGUCUUUUCAUAACUUCUUUUACAUUUACUUGUUUCCCGGACUUCCUCAUACCUCCCUCUUUUGUAUUCCAAUUCAGUUUGUUAGUCCAGCAAUUUCUUUCCCUCCUUUUUAAUCCCAAUCCUUAAUCUUAAUAUAUUAUGACAUUAGAUUUUUACCUAUUUAAAACCAAUUUUUCCAUUCUUUUAACCUUUUAAUCCUAAUCCUUAAUCUUGAUAUAUUUAUAACUUUAAAACCUGUACAGCUAGAAGCCACUUAACUUCAAUCCAACAUCACUCUAACAUUCAUUAAUUUUGCAAUGUUUCUGUAAAUAAUCUUUAAAUUUCUCCCAAUCUUCUUCCACCGACUCUUCUCCCUGGUCACGGAUUCUGCCAGUCAUUUCCGCCAAUUCCAUGUAGUCCAUCAUUUUCAUCUGCCAUUCCUCCAGUGUGGGUAGCUCUUGUGUCUUCCAAUACUUUGUGAUAAGUAUUCUUGCUGCUGUUGUAGCAUACAUAAAAAAAGUUCUAUCCUUUUUUAACACCGAUUGGCCGACUAUGCCCAGGAGAAAGGCCUCUGGUUUCUUCAAGAAGGUAUAUUUAAAUACCUUUUUUAAUUCAUUAUAUAUCGUCUCCCAGAAAGCCUUAAUCUUUGGGCACGUCCACCAAAGGUGAAAAAAUGUACCUUCAGUUUCUUUACAUUUCCAACAUUUAUUAUGAGGCAAAUGGUAGAUUUUUGCAAGCUUGACUGGGGUUAUGUACCACCUGUAUAUCAUUUUCAUAAUAUUCUCUCUUAGGGCAUUACAUGCUGUAAACUUCAUACCUGUGGCCUUGGUUUUCAAAUCUGUUGCAAAACAUCGAGGGAGAAUGUAAUGUUCUCGCUUCCUUACCUACAUACCCAGCUUCUGAGUGUUAUUACCGUUAAUGUUUGAUUUCUGACUGCUACAUAAAGGUUAGCCAAACCAGGCACUGAUCAAUGUAACAAGAUUACAUUUGGCACCACAGUGUUGGUGGUGAGCUUUAAAGCCCUAAAUGGCCUCGGCCCAGUAUACCUGAAGGAGGCGUCUCCACCCCCAUCGCUCAGCCUGGACACGGAGGUCCUCCUCAGAGGGUCCUCUGGUGGUUCCUUCACUGUGAGAAGCGAAGUUACAGGGAACCAGACAGAGGGCCUUCUCGGUAGUGGCACCCACCCUGUAGAACACCCUCCUAUCAGAUGUCAAGGAGAUAAAGAACUACAUAACUUUUAGAAGACAUCUGAAGGCAGUCCUGUAUCAGGUAGUUUUAUUAUGUUUUUAUUUUAUUAUGUUUUUAUAUCAUGGGUAGGCAGACUAAGGCCCGGGGCUGGAUCCAGCCUAAUAGCCUUCUAAAUCCGACCCGUGGAUGGUCCAGGAAUCAGCGUGUUUUUACAUGAGUAUAAUGUGUGCUUUUAUUUAAAAUGCAUCUCUGGGUUAUUUGUGGGGCAUAGGAAUUUGUUUAGGUUUUUUUUUCCAAUAUAUAGUCUGGGCCCCCAUAAUGUCUGAGGGACAGUGGACCAGCCCCCUGCUGAAAAAGUUUGCUGACCCCUGUGGAAUCCCCUCCCCAGAGAGGUGCACCUGGUAUCUUCAUUGUUAUCUUUCAUCAGAUGCUUUUUAAAGUUUAACAUUUUACCAUGUCUUGAUGUAUGCUGGAAGCCGUCCAGAGUGGCAACCCAGUCAGAUGGGCAGGGUAAAUAAUAAUAAUAAUAAUAAUAAUAAUAAUAAUAAUAACUUAAGACACACCACUUUACCUAGGACAAGAGGAAUAUUGUCUUUUUAUAUUGUGACCUGCCCUAGACCCUAAUGACAAAUGGGUGGGUAUGUCGACUUCCUGGGAGGAAGUUUAGGUUGUGGGGACUAAGUCAUUUAGGGCUUUAAACUUAUGUGAGCACCUUGAACUGGGCCUGAAAAUGAAUUAGCAACCAGUGCUGCUGUUUUAGACCAGGGGUUUUGUGCGUUCUAAACAGAGUGAGUUGUAAUUGUUACUUUCUCAUUUGCUUCACCUGCUUGAGCCAGGUGAAUGUGAUGUGCGAGUGACUGGCCACCUAGUGCUACUGGCCCCUGGGCCAUAACUUUCUGCUAUGACUUGGAGCUGGUGAGGUCAAAACAUAGAUCUGGGAAGAGCAUUGAGACUUGGCCAUGUACUCCCCCACCCCUUCUGAAAUACAGAUAAUUUUAACCUGUGCUUUCCUCCCCCACUUCUGCUUCUCCACAGAGCAUGUUAACGGGCCUCAUGUACUACCGACCAGAAGACCCGGUUAGUUAUCUGGAGCACUGCUUGCAGAAAGUCCGGGAGCUGGGUGGACCCAAGAUGGUGCAAUGGGAUACAUUCAUCACUCAGGAACGACGGGCCAUGCACAGCAAUGGCAGCAGUGGGCAAGGCAAGAAAACCUUCUUCUGCACAGGUUUGGAUGCCCCCUCAUUGAACGGCAUGUUUAAGAGCUUAGGUCAGAAGUCACCAACCUUUGUGGGCACAUUUGAAUUUUUGAUGCAUGCUGUGGGUGCCACCCUGAAUUGGUGUUUCUCUCCCCUUUCCCUGGAUCCUCCUACUGAAGGGGAAGGAUGGAAGUGCAAGUGUGCUUUCUCUCUCUCAAUCUCUCUUUGCUUCUCUAAAGCAUCUAGCUAAAAGUCUAAUCCAGUAGGAUUUAUCUGAGCCUUAAACAGGAACACAGGAAGCUGCCUUAUUCAGAGUUGGACCAAUGGUCCAUUUAAUCUGCACUGAUGGGCAGUGGCUCUCCAGGACCUCAGAGGAGAUCUUUCUCAACCGUACCUGGAAAUGCCAGCGGGGACUGAACCUGGGACUUUGUAUGCAAAGCGUGUGUUCUACCACUGAGUUGUGGCCCUUUUCGUAUAAAGCUGGAGGAAGUGGAAAAGAGCAUCUCUUGCAACUUCAUCCAACUUCAACAGUGGCUGGGGGUAGAAUUCAGAGGCUGCAUGGGCACCUGGGGAAGGCACCUCAAGGACACCAUUGAACCCAUGGAUUCCAUGUUGGCAACCCCUGUAAUUUGCAAUGACAUUCUGAUUUAUUUUUAUCCUUGCAGGACUAGGCUUGGCACCAUACAACCAGUACCAGCACCUACCACCCAUUGAAAGCCAGUUCUCCAUUGAGAGUGACUCAGAUAUGACAGAAUUCACAGGCCUGAUCCAAGAAUAUGAUGUAUUUGUCCCUGGUCAACCUCGUCCUAAGAUCAUAUUUGUAAUAGGUGAGAAGUUAACUGGGAUGAGGAAGAACGGUUCUUCGGUGGGAAGAGGGGCAAAUGCUUGCUUGGAGACUUGGGUAAAUUCUUUUAUCUACUUGCACUGGUGUGCUUUUGAACUGCUACAUUGGCAGAAACUGAGACAGAGCAAUGGGAGUUCACCACUGUCAAGCAGAUUUGAACCGACGACCUUCUGAUCGGCAAGCCCAAGAGGUUCAUUGGUUUAGACCACAGUGCCACCCGUGUCCCUAAUGGACUGUACCACCACAGGGUACAAGGAGAGGAGUGUGUAUAUAUGUGUGUGCGUAUAUGGUGGGAACAGUCAUUAAUAUGCAGAUGAUACCCAGCUCUACCUCUCUUUUAAAUCGGAACCAGUGAGGGCAGUGAAGGUCCUGCGUGAGUGUUUGAAGGCGGUUGGAGGAUGGAUGGUGGCUAACAGAUUGAGGUUGAAUCCUGACAAGACACAAGUACUGUUCUUGGGGGACAGGGGGUGGGCUGGUGUGGAGGACUCCCUGGUCCUGAAUGUAACUGUGCCUCUGAAGGACCAGGUGUGCAGCCUGAGAGUCAUUUUGGACUCACAGCUGUCCAUGGAGGUGCAGGUCAAUUCUGUGUCCAAGGCAGCUGUCUACCAGCUCCCUUUGGUACACAGGCUGAGACCCUACCUGCCUGUGGACUGUCUUGCCAGAGUGGUGCAUGCUCUAGUUAUCUCCCACUUGGACUACUGCCAUGCGCUCUAAGUGGGGCUACCUUUGAAGGUGACUUGGAAACUGCAAAUAAUCCAGAAUGCGGUAGCUAGACUGGUGACUGGGAGUGGCCGCCGGGACCAUAUAACACCGGUCUGAGAGACCUGCAUUGGCUCCCAGUAAGUUUCCGAGCACAAUUCAAAGUGUUGGUGCUGACCUUUAAAGCCCUAAAUGGCCUCAGUGCUGUAUACCUGAAGGAGUGUCUCCACCCCCAUCUUUCAUCCCAAACAGCUCCAUCUCCGAGGGCCUUUUGGCAGUUCCCUCACUGCGAGACAUGAGGUUACAGGGAACCAGGCAGAGGGCCUUCUCAGUAAUGGCGUCUGCCCUGUGGAACGCCCUCCCAUCAGAUGUCAAGGAAAUAAGCAACUAUCCUACUUUAAAAAGACAUAUGAAGGCAGCCCUGUUUAGGGAAGUUUUUAAUGUUUAAUGUUUAAUGCUGUAUUGUGUCUUUAAGAUUUGAUUGGGAGCUGCCCAGAGUGGCUUGGGAAACCCAGUCAGAUGGGUGGGGUAUAAAUAAUAAAUAUUAUUAUUGUUGUUGUUAUUAUUAUUAUUAUUAUUAUUUCUCCAGAGCAGCCUUCUCCAAUGUUGGAUCUCCAAAUGUUGUUGCACCACGUACCUCACCCUCCUCAGCCAGCAUUGCUAGAGAUUAGGAGUGUUGGAAGUUAUAGUCCAACAACAAAUAAGGACCCAGAGUUGGGGAAGUCUGUUCUAAAGCUUAGACCCAUUUGUGGUUAUUUUGGUGCACUUGAUCAAUUUCUUGGCUGCCCUGGAAGACCUGCCUUAUAGGCCUUUUUCCACCUGGCCUGGGGGGGGGGGGUCAUUUUGGCCCUGACUGACUCCAGCUGCAGAAGCUGCGGUUGCUGAACAGGCUCAUGGUCUGGGUUAUUGCUUAGGGGGAUAUGUUUUUGUUUUUGUUUUGUUUUUUGCUGCUUUUACUGAUUUUACUUUCUGUAUAUUUAUUUUUAGAUCUCAUGUGGAUAUGGUUCCAUUUGGUUGUGUACUUUGUGAGGUGUUUUGGUUGUUAUUGUUUAUGGUUACAGCACCUGAAAAGGUUCUCUACUCCUUGCUCUACAUGCAUUGUUCAGCUGUCUUUUUGGAUUGCAGGGGGCCCUGGGAGUGGGAAGGGGACUCAGAGCAAUAGGAUUGCCUCCCAUUUUGGAUUCACCUGCAUCUCCGUUGGUGAGAUCCUGCGCAAGCAGAUGAUUCAUCAUGCCAACAGCGACAGGAAGUGGGAGCUGAUCGCCAAGAUCAUCGCCAAUGGGGAGCUGGCCCCACCGGUAAGAAUGAUUGGCUUUCAGAAUUUUAGCAACCAGGGUUGUUUCAAGACUUUCAGAGGUGGAUUCAAGUCACUGAAAUGUAUAGGAUAAGCAGCUGACUAACAGGAAGACAUACAGAUCAGGAUGAAUUCAGGGUGAAUGCUCAUCACUGUAUAAUUGCCCCACAAAUCACAAAUCAGAACUAACACUGAAGUCAAGACCAGACAUAAGUGUAAGCUUUCUAUAAGCAAAUUAGGAUGAAUCUUCUAUAAGUUUUGGAAAGUGCUUUGUCCAUCUGUUCUUGAGAUAUCAAUCACCAACUUGGCACGGGGGUUCCUGAGCUGGGGGGCAGCAAUCUUCCUCGAUGUUUAGAUGCCAGCCACCAUUUUGAAUCAAGAUGGUGGACCAAAAUGUCAUUUUGACAUGACUAAGUCCAUUUUUGGCAUAGGUUUGGCCAUAGGCACCAAGUCCAAGGGCCCUGGGUGCCAUGGCUUCCACAAAGUGUGGCAUGGCCACGUGUGCAUGCUGCGGGGCUUGGGUACAGUACAUCAUCACGCCCCCGGCAUGUGUGCGCUACUUCGCCAUACCCCGCUACGUGCAUGAGUGAAGUUGGCACACUGGGGAUGUGAUGAUGUAGAGCACGUCCCCAGUGGUAAUGCAUGGCCCCAGGCACCUACAGUCACAAGUUGGCACCAGUAGGCUUGACUGUCUCUAAAGAUAAUAAUUAAACUUGCUUGGAAGGGUGGAAGGGAAGAUGGUGUCUUUUGAGAAAGAGGAUUUUUUGGGGGUAGAAUUUAUCUCCCUCCCAUUGCAAUUGCUGGAGCAGCAGCAGGAAAGGAAAUGAGUGGAUGAGGGAGAAGGAAGGGCUUUGGAGGUGAGAAGGCAGAUUUGCAUUCUUUUCUGGCUCAGAUUAAAAACUUUAGUCUGUGAUGCUCAGUGUGUAAUUGACUGGAACACUGGGAGUCACCGAGAUUCAUCUGUUUCCCAGCCAGGGCUUACAGAAACUUGGCAACGUCACCGUUUUAAAAAGGUGCUCACUUUUUGUUAUUUCCCUGUUCAUCUUGCUUACCCACAAGCAAGGAGCCGAGAGCCUCAGGCUUCCCAGUGAUGCCUCUCUUUGCCUUUCAGGAAACAACAAUCGAGGAGCUGAAGCAACAAUUUAUAAAGCAGCCAGAUGCGAAAGGCUUUGUGGUGGAUGGCUUCCCCCGAGACAUUGGCCAGGUGUUAACGUUUGAGGAGCAGGUAGGAGACAAACCAGGCAGAGUGAAAGAAACUCUGGGAAAGCCAUUGCCAGUCAUUGCAGAGGAUACUGAGCUAGAUGGACCAAAGUGGAGGAACAUAGAGGAGAAAAUGAAGAGAAGGGAAACAUUGAGAAAAAGGAUGAAACCAGUGUCAAUUUGUAGUGCUCCAGACAUACCCUGGGCAGCGAAGAGGGUGAGAGGAUGGCCGCCAUGUUUAAAGCCUGACACUUGUCUCCCUUCUCUGGCAGAUCGGCUCCCCAGAUCUUGUCGUCUUCCUGGCCUGCCCCAGCCAGAAGCUCCGGCAGAGGCUAGAGAAGCGUGCCCAGGAGCAAGGCCGCCUGGACGACAACCCCCAUGCCAUUGGGCGCAGGCUGGAGACAUUCAAGCAGAAUGUGCCACUGAUAGUGAAGUAUUACCAGGAAAAGGGAACCAUUGUCCGGGUAAGGACCUUCCUGAACUGAGUUGGUGGGGAUGCUCUAAGGCGUUGGGAAAGAGAAUUUGCUUUCAUCAGGACUGGAGACAGAGCAGAAAUUAAUUUCAGUUGGCAUUUGAAGGCGAGCUGAACUAACUCACACUUUCUGAAGCAGUACACAAGCUGCAGCACAGACGUCCUUCAAAAUUUGCACUUUUCUGAAUUUUUCAAUGCACUUCCUCCAGCCAAGUAAUGCAUACAAAAAUACAUAUACUAGUAUAAAGCAUGCAUAAAAUGCAUAUAUUGAUGGAAAUAAUGUACAAAAUCCACUAUACAAGGGAAGAUUUCUUUGCAGAAAUGUUUUAUUAGAGAAAAUAGCAUACCAAAAAAAAUAUUCAUUACAUUUGUAUACCAUCCUUCAUCCAAAGGUUACAGGUGAUUCACAACAUAAAAAUACAAAACAAGAACACAAAAUACAUAAUAAAACAAAAACAAGCCCAAAACAUUCAUUCUCCCCAAAACACAUUUUGGAGGCCAUGGAACUGGCCGAAUGCCUGGUUAUAGAGAAACAUUCUUGCCUGGCACAUAAAGAUAUGUAAAGAAGGUGCAAGCCAAACUUUGCUGAGCAGAGCAUUCCAGACUGCAGAAAAGGCCCCUUCUUGUGUUGCCACCCUCUGGACCUCUCAUGGAGGAGGCACACAAAGAAGGGCCUCAGAAGAUGAUCUCAGGGUCUGGGUAGGUUCCUUUGGAGAGAGGCGGUCCUUGAGGUAAUUGUGUCCCUGAGCCAUUUAAUGCUUUAUAGGUCAAAACCAGCACUUUGAAUUGGGCCUGGAAACUAAGUGGCAGUGAGUGCAGUUGGGCCAGGAUUGGCAUUGUACGCUCAAAACAUUUUGUCCUGGUGGACAACUUGGCUGCUGAAGCCCUACAUACAACACAUUGCAGUCAUCUAGCCUAGAGGUUACCAGAGCAUACGCAACAAGAGUUAGGCUAUCCCUGUCCAGAUGGGGGCGUAGCUGGGCCACCAGCCAAAGCUGACGGGAGGCACUCUGCACCCUGAGGCCACCUGACAGUGAAGGAUCUGGGAGUACCCCCAAGCUACGAACCUGCUCCUUCAGAGGGAGUGUAACCCCAUCAAGAGCAGGCGAUCUCCCAGCCAUCCGGUCUAGGGAACCACCCACCAACAGUGCCUCAAGUCUUAUCUGAAUUGUGUGUCAGUCUGUUGACUCUCAUCCAGUUCAUUACCAAGGCAAGGCAAAGGCUGAUGAUGAAAAAGCUGCACUAAAAAGCUGAUAAAUUUUCAUGGGGCCUUGUUUUUCAAAACCAUUGCAAACUGAUGUGGAAACAGGGAGAACUGAACUUAAGGUUGGAAAAAUGAGAAACUGAGAGGAGGCUUUUUCACACGUUGUUAUUUGUACAGUUUAGCUAUUGUUUACAUAGGUAUAUAGACUAUUAAUCUCUCUAGUGUAACCUGUGAACACCCACAGAGAAAGAGGGAGAGCGUAGGAUGGGGGGCAGAGUGAGGAGAGAAGCAGAAACAGGCUACAGAUCUAAGAAGCAGCAAUUCCUACUGUGUGCAAGAAAUGGAUGAAUGUCUCUGCUUGGAAGAGGCAUUUCCUCGAGACAGCAGGGAAGGUAUCUUCUUAGAUCACGGAUAGGCAAAUCUGCAGCCCUCUAGAUGUUAUUGGACUCCCAUCCACCCCUGCCACCAUGGCCAAUAGACAGGGAUGAUGGGAGAUGUAGUCCAGCUCCAUUGGAGGGCAGCCGCUGCGAUCAAGGGUGGUAUCACACAUCUAUGCCCUGUCAGAAGCAGCUGGCCUAGACAUACCGUAUUUUUUCGUCUAUAAGAUGCCCCCAUGUAUAAGGCGGCCCCUAUUUUUGGGGACUCAGAUUUAAGAAAAGGGGGGAUGUAUCUGUGCAUAAGACACCCCCUAAUUUUUGACAUUAUUUUUAAGGGGGGGAAACUAGUCUUAUACAUGGAAAAAUAUGGUAUCUUUGGCCUGAUCCCUUAAGGUGCACAUCGCUUCAUCCUGAUGGGGGCCUCUCAAAAUGAACACAGCAGGCCCUGCGCUCCUCCUUUGUAACCAGCCUGAGAAAGAUUUAACAGCACCUCUCUCCCCCUGCUUUCCCUUUCCAGUUUGCUGCAGACAGAGAGGAGGAGGAGAUUUUUGCAGACAUUGGCUCCUGUGUUCAGCAGCGGCUGCACUUGAAAAGAAUGGAGUUUCCAGGUGAGAGCGGGGGGGGGGCACCUGUUUCAUCAGGGUGGGGGGUCUGAAAGGUAAGGGUAACAGCACUCUGCAAAAAAAACUUGAGUCAAGCCUGUGAUUGCAUGGUUGCCUUAGGGGGCAGAGCUUCCUUCUAUCCAGGGCUUGCCCCCCCCCCCGGAUACUUCCAGGUGGGAGAGGGGCUUUCAAGAGGAGCCAGGACUAGAACCGGCAAUCCUUGGCUCUCUGCGUACCUGUCGUGUCUGGUGAACAAUUAUUAUGGUGGCUUGGAGCCUCAUCCCAGACAGUGAAGUAUAUCUCAGGGUCUGGAGUCAUCAUACUGACCCUGGCUGGUCAUUAGUUGCCCAGGACUGGGAGGAUUGAAAAGACUCCCAGUUUGGGAUUUGGUGACUCUGGUGGUUGCUCAGCUUGGAUCUGGACCUGGACGUCACCUGUCUAUGCCUCAGUCCUGGUAGCAGGAGCCCACAAUUCUACAAAAUGUUCUGCUGGCAAAGAAGGCAAGAAUCAUAAACCUGCGGCUAAUAUUUGGAAAGCUGAAUUUUCAAUGGGAGAGUAAGUGCACAAACCCAAGUGCCAGGAGAGGAAAUAACAAAACUGUUAGUUAUUGCCAAAAUGCACCUUUGCUGCUCAUGUGUCUGCUCCAUUCAUUGAUGAAGGCAUAGGGAGUGACAGAGAGGCAGGAAGAGACGGGCCUAAUUUUUUAUACCGGAAGAGUAAAGGGUGAAAAAAACCUCCCUUCCAGUAUCAGAACGAAACUGAGCGCAAAGGAAUAAAACAGGGAAGGUAGGUGAAAAGUGCCAGGGGCAAUAGAGAAAAGUGAUAGGAGAAAGAGUUACACCUUGAGCCUGCUGGAUGAGGCCAUUGGCCCAUCUAGCCCAACAUCCUCUUCUCACAGUGGCCAAGCUUCUAUGGGAAGCCUGCAAACAGGAUCCGGCCACAAGAGCAAGUCUCACCUCUUGCUGCUUCCAGCAGUUGGUGUUUGGGAACAUUGCUGCCUCCACCUGUAAUAAUAAUAAUAAUAAUAAUAAUAAUAAUAAUAAUAAUAAUAAUUUUUAUUUAUACCCUGCCCUCCCCAGCCAAGGCUGGGCUCAGGGCGGCUAACAAGUAAUAAUAAAAACAAGUUGAAUGAAAACAACUUAAAAACAAAAUUAAAAUACAACAUUAAAAUAUUGAAACAUUAAAAUAUUAAAAUGUAGCCUCAUCGCAGGAGGAGAAAGGAAAAGAAAAAAGAAAGAGGGGGAGGGAAUCAAAUUGGCUCCAAGUCAAAGGCCAGGCGGAACAACUCUGUCUUACAGGCCCUGCGGAAAGAAAUCAGAUCCUGCAGGGCCCUGGUCUCAUGAGACAGAGCGUUCCACCAGGCCGGAGCCAGUGUUGAAAAGGCCCUGGCUCUGGUUGAAGCUAAUCUAACUACCUUAGGGCCCGGGACCACUAGGGUGUUGCUAUUUAUGGACCUUGAGGCUCUCCGUGGGGCAUACCGGGAGAGGCGGUCCCGUAGGUACGAGGGUCCUAGGCCGUGAAGGGGCAGAGGCAGAGCUGUGGCCUUCAGCUGUAGCCUUCAACAGCCUCCCCCCCGUGCACAUAGGCAGGGCAGUCAUGUCCAUGAAAUUAACAGAGAGAUGCCUCUCAUCACCUCUAGUUUGUCCCUGAGUUCUGGUGUGAGUGGGGGAGACAACACCAUCAGAGAACCUGCAGAAGGGUGGGAGAUGAGAGGAGAUUGACCCUAACUCAUAAUCUCAUCCCCACAAUAACCCUGUGAGGUAGAUUAGGCUGAGAGGCAGUGACUGGCCCAAGUUCAUCCAAUGAGCUUCAUGACCAAGUGAGGGAUUUGAACCCUGGUUUCCCAGGUCCUGGGACACAGGUGUUGCUGUGGGUUAAACCACAGAGCCUAGGACUUGCUGAUCAGAAGGUCGGCGGUUUGAAUCCCCGCGACGGGGUGAGCUCCCGUUGCUCGGUCCCUGCACCUGCCCACCUAGCAGUUUGAAAGCACGUCAAAGUGCAAGUAGAUAAAUAGGUACCACUCUGACGGGAAGGUAAAUGGCGUUUCCAUGCGCUGCUCUGCUUCACCAGAAGCGGCUUAGUCAUGCUGGCCACAUGACCCGGAAGCUGUACACUGGCUCCCUCAGCCAAUAAAGCGAGACGAGCGCCGCAACCCCAGAGUCGGUCACAACUGGACCUAAUGGUCAGGGGUCCCUUUACCUUUUACCUCCCAGGUCCUCGGCUGAUACCACACUUGUACGUGGGUGUAGCCAGUAUUUGGGGGUGGGGGCAGAACCUCAGAUUUGUACUGAUUUGUAUUGAUGGGGGGGGCAACCACCCACCCCCUUGGCUACUGCCCGUGCACUUGUAGGCUGAGAAUGAGUUGCUUUGCAGUGAGUAGGGCGUCUACUAUAAAUGUUUGCCUAAUUUUACUCCAGCUGCAGAGUUUAGAUAUUUUCCUGGUCCUAUACACAGUGUCCACUCUGGAUGCCCGUUGCUGGGAAUGGCAACGAGGUGGCACUGCUGUGCUUCUGUGCCCUGCUUGCGGUCUUCCCCAGAGGAAUUGGGUUGGCCAUUUGGAAACAGCAUGAUGAACCAACAGAACCGUUGGCCUGAUCCAACAGGGCUCUUCUCAUAUGAAGCUUCAGGUUGCCAGGGGACAAUGGUGGACAAAUUUCAAGGACUAGCUGUACAAAGACCCAUGUAGCUUCUUGCUUUCCAGUAUCCCAAAACGAUGGCAGCUGAGACCGAGACUUGCUUUUACCACCUGGGAGGAUUCUGUCAGCACCCUGGUGUGUUGCGUUGCUCCCCCUGCCACCCACCACCACAUGGAACCUUCCAGGCAUCUUUUGUUUCCUGUUUUCUGUCUCUUGAUUCAGAGUCUCCGCUGCUGGCGUCGUUGGACAAUCUGUUUAGCCCCAGCCAAGACUCUCCGAAGGAAGAACAGAACUGGGGGCAGGUAAGGUUGCAGCAGUGGCAUGUCAUAGGCCUGGGCUCUUGGCAGAAAGCCUCCCAACUUGCUUCCAGAGCUGAGGCUGGAUUGGAGCCCCACUUCCUCUUUUCUGGGUCAAAAACAGGAACGGGAAGGGGUGGGAAGCGGGACUUCACAACGGGAAAACAGCAGAGUCAGUGGCCCAGGAGGUCAAAAACUGGCAUUGGUCAACUACUGGCUGACAGUUAACCCCUGUCCAUUAAGCAGAAAGUAAAGUACUGGAUGCAACCAGAGGCUGCUUUUAUUUUAUUUUGCUUGGUUUGCUUGCUUGCAGGAUUUAUAUACCACUUUUCAGGUGGACCUCGACAAAGUGGUUUACAUAAGAUUACUCUUAUUUUUGGGAGGUGGGGGAUGAGUUUCAAAAGAAUGGGAAAGGCAACAUGCUUGUUUAGAAAAAGCUAUUACUGCUGCUUCUCCCCUCAGAGCAAAAUGGUCCUUCAAAUGCCCCUGUGGAGCAGGGAGGGGAGUUGUAUCCAGUGUUAAUCCUACUCAGAGUAGACCCAUUUAAUUUGCCUAAGUUAGUCAUCCAUCCAUUUUGAGAUGGGUCCAUUAGCCCAUCUAGUUCGCAGUUUUUCAGGGUUUCAGAUGGGGGACGUUCCCACUCCCACCUGGAGGUGCCAAGGAUUGAGGACCUUUGUGAAAUGUUGCCUGGUGAUUGGUGCCUUUGCCCCAUUGCUUCUUGAAACAUUUCCCUGAUCUUUUUUGUGUGGGGACCUGAUUUACUAUGCUCUCUUUUUCCAUAAGACCCAGCUCCUAUGAACACAUAUAGCUGCCUACAUUGCACCCAUCGGUCCAUUUACCCUCAUACUAUCUGCUCUGAUGGCAGCAGCUUUCUGAGGUUUACCCCCAGCCUCACCUGGAAAUGUCAGUAUUUGAACCCCUGACCUUCACCAUGCAAAGAGUAAACUCCUACCACUGAGCUAGGAGCCCUCCCCCUCAUAAUGGUUUCCAUCUUUCAUCAUCUGACCCCUGUUAAAGGUGUAGGGGGCUGAUGGAAAUCGAUUUCAACCUCAUUUGGAGGGUCCCAGUUUACAAACUGUGUGGGGCAGCUUUGAGAGACUUGUGGCCCCCUGGACUGCAGCUCCCAUCGUCCCUGACCAUUGGUCAUGCUGGCUGGGACUAGUGGGAGGUGGAGUCCAACAAUAUCUGGAAGGCCAUAGGUUCGCCAUCCCUGCACUAGUACUAUAGGAAGCUGCCUCUGAGAAGUUCAUUUGUUCAGACAGCCUUUACCCAGACUGGCAUCUUCCCAGGGUCUCAGAGACAGAUGCGUCUUCCUCCGUCCCCUCCUACCUUCGCUACUCUGGGCUCACAACUGGGAAAAACAACAAAUAUUGCAUGCAACGCAGGGGCUCUACCUUUGACCCAUGAUAUGUCUAGCCCAGGACAUUGUGUGCUGAUCAACAGUGGCUCUCUUUGCUAGCUCUGGUGUGUGAGAUUUCCAGCCCCACUCCAAACAGGAGAUGCUGGGGAUUGAACUUGGGCCCUUCUGUAUACAAAGCGGGUGUCCUGCUACUGAGAUAUGGCUCAUCUUCCUCCACCACCAGCAGUGUCUUCCCAGAAGCAGCCAGGCCACAUGCCCUUCACUCCUCCAUUGACAUUCCUUUGCUUUCCAUUAUCCUUCACUCCUCUUUGCCCCACCCCCUGCACCUGCAUAAUGUAGUUUGGAAGGGCAAAUCUGUCCAUUUUGGUUUCUGGGUUGGAUGGGAGAAUCUGUUAACUCUGGUUUCUCAUUUUUCCCAAUCUUAAUUCCAGUUCUCCGCAUAAGUUUUUGUUUGUUUGUUUGUUUGAAAAAGACCUUUCUUCAUUAGCAUUUUGGUACUAAUUUCUCCUAAGUUAAAGAUUUCUGAUAACAGUUUUGAAGACCAUACAUUUUUCAUGCACCUAUUCCUCAUAUAAUGCUUUUUUUUUUUUUUGCAAGCUACUUUGCACAAAGACAAACCCAUUUCUACACACUUUUACCCAGUUAUAUGAAGUUUUACGCACAUGACUUGGCAGUUGGAAAGCCACCUGUCAGUUACCUGACAUCAUAAUGGCAUCAGGCAACUGACAGGUGGGAUGUUCCACUCACCUGUCAAAGUUAGCCCACGGAGGUCGGGACAGGUAGCAAAAAAGGCUCCCUUACCCAUAACAUAAAAUAGUUAUAAAGAUUGUCAAUAAAACCAAACAAAUCGAAGUGUAAAUAAAGAUUCAGGAUCUCUAGUGAAGAGGAUCUCAGACAGCAUUCUUUUUUUAAAAAGACAACACCCCAAAGCCCAGAUAGAUAUAAUAGCACAUUAAUUUGAUAAUGGUUCCCCCCCCCAUACCUUUCUUGUCAUUGUGAUGACAUAGAAAACUCAGGGAGAGCUUCGCUUCCUUAUCUGCUUAUCCCUUUCGCUAUCCUGCACCUUCUUGCGGUUUCCUUGCCACUCUUUUUGUGUGCCCCCCCCCAUAGCUGUCAACUUCCAGAUUUGAAAAUAAGGGAUCAGCAGCCUCGAAAAUAAGGGACCAGCAGCCUCACCUGUCCUGGGGACAGUCUACGGGAUAUCUAACAAUCCGGGAUAGCAGCGGGAAGUGGCGCUGGAAUAAGGGAAUUUCCCGCAAAAAAAGGGGGAGGUUGACAGCUAUGCCCCCCCCCCCCAUGAUCCCCAUAGCAUUUCUGUGCAGCUCAGGUCUCCGGGCAUCGGGUGUCCUCCGUCGCCAACCGUGUCAGGCAGCGAGAGUGUGCGUCCCCCCCCCCUGCUCCCAGCAUGCCACGCGCCUGGCAGCCGUGUAUAUAGGGUGGUAAAAAUAGCUGGAUAUCCCAUGCAGGGGCAGGCUUCUGGCGAGAAAGAGCCCUCGUCUUCCUCGACCCCCCUUUCUUGUCCCCCUGCACCCCAGCGCUGAGAGGUACGUAUGGAUCUUUUGUUGGGGCAGGGCUUCUGGGGGAAAGGACACACCGCCACACACACACACACACACACACACACGCAACCGCUUAAUGCAGCCAGGGAAAGCACGCUGCAAUUCUUGUUUUUAUUGUUUUCAUUCAUUGGGUACCACCCGGCAGAACGAGGAAGCAGGACAGAUAUUUUCAUUAUGUUGCUCAUGGUCUCUGUCGUCGUCGUUAGGGAUUCAGUAGAAGGAUACAACCCUGGCUUGGCUGCUUUUGCAGCUCAGUGUGCUUGCAGACAAGUAACAAUGGAACAAUGCAGUGCUGUGCGCUUUUCAGAAUUUGAUCCCUCUGGCUGGUUUGUCAGUCGUGCGUGUUGCUGUUGUGGUGGCGCUGGUGUGUGUAAUACACACACCCAUGUCUUGCUUGGAUUGUGCGUCUGGGAUAAUCAGAAAUCUCCCCUGUUAAUUCGCUCAAGGUCAGUGUUCCUUCCAUCUUGCAUCGCUGGGAUAUCCACCCCACCCCCCACAAAGUCAUGCCAUUAAGAGAAAUCGCAGUGUGUAUGCGCUCCCCGCCCCCCCCCCAUGGCCAGCCUCACACCUCCAGCCACAGGGAGAUCCCUGUGAACGGCACGUUCUGUUUUUUUUACCGGAGUCUGGCUGGAAAUGUUGAAUCGCUUUGCUAGUUGCUAAGAAACUUCGGGCGGGGGGUGGGGGGAGAGCUGCAGCCAGUGUUGGCAGCUUAUUGAAAUGCUAGACUGAAAAGAGCCAGCAAGAGUGGGAGGAAAGAAAGUGGGGUGCUUUGCAAGCUGGGAACCUGCAGGUGAGCAUGGGCUGAAAUUUCUGUUUACAUAACUAUAACAGGUAUGUGGAGUUUUGCUGUUCAGGAUGUGCAAAUGCACUUGAGGUGUGCGUUUGUACAAGAAAGCUUGACUGGUUGCAAUAAGCCAACAGGAGAGCAGUUGCUUUGCACGCAGAAGCUCCAGAGUUUAUAUCCUGUCGUCUCCGACUGAAAGGACAGGAGAAGGCUCCCUGGUCCAGGUCCUUGCAAAACAGCUGCCUCUUGGAGGAUACCAAGAUGGCAGAGGCUGGUCCAUUAGGCUGAACAAGGUACUGCUCCAUCAACCUCAGUCUGUUGUCAGCCACCUGCUUUCUUACUUACAUCCUCAUCAUUAUUCAGCUGAGGUGGUAGCCCUGCCUGCCAGCUUCUUCCUUCUCAGAGUUGCUCCUUGUAGAACACAGCAGGGAGAAUGGGAACAAAACCAAAAUUAGUUGGCUCCUCCAGCUAUUGGAUGUGGUACCACUUACUGUUGGCCUUGUCUUCUGCCCUACCGGCCCCAGUGCACACUAGUGGCAAUCAUAUGCUUCUGGGCUACAUCACUCAUCAUCCCGGACCAUCGACCAUGGUGGGAGCUGGUGUUAUCUUGUCAGUCCCCAGGAUAGAGGGUGCUGGGGUGGGCAGACAAACAGCCUGAGCUGGUGUAGGGCAGCUCUCUGUGUCCAUAAUGUAGCUGAGUAGUAGAGCACCUGCUUUGCAGUUCCCAUCAUCUGCAGCUGGAAGGACCCAGGAGCAACAGGUGGAAAACCCUGCCCACCCCAGACCUUGGAGACCUGCUGCAAGUCAGAGUCCAUAGUCAACGCUGCUUCCAGGAUUAGGUGAACAAAGAGUUCGACCUUGGAUAUGGCAGCUGGCUAUGGUUAAAGCUGCAUCUGAGAUAAACAAAUAAUAGCUUGAAAGAAGAAAAGUGCUGAAUUGUUUUCUGAUGGUGCGCUCAUGUGUCGUAGCAUCAUGUUAGAAAUAUGCUUUCCUCCUGGGUGUUUGGAAAAAGGGAAGCUUUUAAUGUUUAAUAGACUAUGGUAUUUUAAUAUUCUGUUGGAAGCCGCCCAGAGUGGCUGGGGAAACCCAGCCAGAUGGGCGGGGUAUAAAUAAUAAAUUAUUAUUAUUAUAUUAUUAUUGCCACCUGUAGAGUGGUUGUUGUUUUAAAAAUAGUGUGUGUGUGUGUACAAACACACACAUAUAUAUGCCUUUCAUACAACUAAAUUCCACUAAGUAGUCAUGUCCAUCAAUUUCAGUGGGUCUCCUCCAAAGAGAACCAACUUUGGAUCCAGCCAUUUCAAAUUAAGGUGCCAAAGGCUUGGCAUGACAGGCUGUUGCAACCAAACCGAAACCUUUUUGGGGGAAAGCAAGAAGCUAGUGGUGAAACUCAUUUCUGAGAAGAGGUGUGUGUGUGUGUGUGUGUGUGUGUGUGUGUAAAAUUCCUGACUGCUGCACAAAAUCCACCCAAGGCUGAUUUAAGUGCAUGAAUCAAGGAAGAACAUCCUUGCCACAGCAUUUUGUUUAGUGGUGGGCUGGCCCAUUAUAGCCAGUCCAUAGGAGUCAACUCCCAGGGGCCGACAGGGCUUUGUCCCGACCUAAAAUAUUUGAGGGGGCUGGCCCCCCCAAAGUUGAUGGGUAUUGCCAUUCAAAUGGCAUGCGUACAACACAUCAUGUGAUAGAUUAUACAGGUCAGGGCUUACCCCCCCCCCCCCCAAUAUUUUGUUCAAUAUUGGCACCUCUGAACCAGUCUAAGAUGAUCUGGCUCUUUUGAAGCCUAAGGGCAUCAUCCCCUUGUGGGCAGGACCAAAGCCAAAGUGGGUGGAGCAACCAAUAUGACUCUUAAACUUUGUACUGUAGGCUGUGCUCCACCCACUCCAAAGUCAGGUGUUUGUAUGCACAUUCAAAGAUGGGCAUCACCACCCCGGCAGGCAAGAGGCACUGUCAGCGUUCAAGGACAUAUUGCAACUAAUCAAAAACACUCAGGGAAGGUGCAGAGCAGGACCUGUGAGGAAUGUAGCCGCUGGGGUGGGGGCAUGACUUGGCUGGAGUCCUAAGGGCCAGAUACAGCGGCCUGGAAGGCUAAAUUUGCUUUCCUCCCCACCCCCCCAUGCUUGAGGCUCCUCACCCCUGCUGUAAGCUUUGAACAUUAGGUGUCAGUUGUUAGACUCCUCUAGUCAUCAAGGUGUCUUGGAGCAUGUGUCCCAAAUAACAGCUUUCCAGCUCACCUGAAGGUAGCCGUUGUGGGGAUUUGGAAAGCAUGUGAAUCAAGGCACUGCAAAGUACUCUAAGGCACUUGCAAGCCCCCUAUGUUUUUUGGGGGGGGGGGUUAGGAAGGGCCAUUUAGAGGUCUCAGUUUUUAUGGAAAUUUUGAGGUGACAUACAUUUUGGAGUCUGACUGUCAACUCCAGCCAGCAUGGUUGUAUGAUGCUGGGGAUAGCUCAGUUGGUAGAGCAUGAGACUCUUAUUCCCAAGGUUGUGGGUUCAAAGACCCACUUUGGGCAAAAGAUUCACGCAAUGCAGGGAACCUCAUGGUCUGUUCCAACUAUAAUUCUAUGUAAAGGUGUUGUAGGCCAAAAUAUCUGAAGAACAUCAGCUUGUGCAAGGCAAUUGCAUCUGACAAAUCCAACCCCCUGCGAGCCAAUUUGUGGAUAUUACCAAGCAUAUGUUAUAUUAUAUAAUAUAUAAUAUCAGAGUGUUAUUCUGAACCUACCAUUGGUGGGUGCUUAUAACAAAGUCAAGCACACUUCUGAGGAUAGGCAGAGUUCCCGUUCCUCACCAUGGAGAUGGUCUCCAAGCAAUUAUGGGAAUAAUGAUCCAGAGCUACCUUGUAAGGUUUACCAAGAUGCGGUUGGCCCAUAACUCAGUUACAGAGCUGUGUAGGCAAAGGGCCUCAGGUUCCUUCCCAGUUAAAAAGAACCAGCCGAUGGGAAGGCUCUGUGCUUGUGGUUCUGAUCACCUGAUGCCACUGUACCCCACUAUUGGGUAGAUGAACAAGCAGGUGGGCUAACACUUGGACAAUAAGUUUGCUAGUAGUGUGCACAGCAGGGGUAGCCAAUGUGGAAAGAUGGGAGUUGUAGUCCCAACAACUUAUGGAGGGCACUACAUUGGCAACCCCGGAUAAUAGAGGAGGAGGAUAUUCCAAAUGACUCUGCAGGUGUGUGUUUAAAUGCGGUUAAACAUGGCUUUGAAGGCGAAUGAGGCAAAUUCAUGGAAGAUGCUCAAUUUAUCUGUGGCCAUUUAAUCACGAUGGCUUUAUGAAGUUUCCAUGUCCAGAACCAGUAUAUCAUUCAAUAUCAACCCCAUGGGGUGGGAAGGGGUGCUCUAAGGAGAGAAAUUCCCUAGAGAGAAUGUGGAGAGAAAAUGGUGAGUGAAGUGAACAGGGGUGCUGCCCCAUGUACGGUAUUUAUAUAUAUGUUUUGUGUUGUUUAUUGUCUGAUUAUUGCCUGUUACUUUGUUGCUUAUAGUUUCUUCGUUUAUUUGACACUGCCUGUGUCUCACUCUGUGUGUGAUUGAUACACACACACACACACACACACACACACCUCGCAUAUGGUGUGUUGUUUAUAAUUUGUGGUGUUCUUUUUCCUGCCCUGCUAUUUGUAUCAAUGAAGAGCAGGUUACUUAAUUAACUAACAUAUUUAGAUAUGCUUUUCCAUUCUUUUUUUUUUUAAUGUGGAAAUGAGACUGAACACAUUGUGAAUGAGCACAUGCAGAAUUGACAUGGGCCAGAUAUAGAUAGAUCCAUCCAUCCAUCCAUCCAUAUGCACAGGUCAUUUUUAACUUUAGAAAAACCUCCACUUUGCUGUACAAUACCAGUGUGUCUUCUCCAUUGCAAGGAUGUGACCCCUCUGAGAUUUAUUAUGGGUGCCCCAUACUUAGAACUCUGAAGCCAGCAAAACCUCAAGGUCAUCUGGCCUUAUUAGGUGUGUCUGUUGCGGUGUGUAACUGGACCCCACUCCGUCCCUCUUCAGUCAGACCAGUGAGGUGGGUCGCAGUGAUCUUUGCAAAGAACCACAGGUCUAUUUUCAGUGCCUGCUCCUUUGGGACUCUUCCCAAAAGCAAGGCUGUUACUUUGGUGCAGGAAUGAGAUGUGGCUACGUGUUUGCCAGCAAAACUAUCUAUUGUAUAGUGUUCCCCCUCAGGGCAUUCCCAUUUUACAGAUAGAGGACUGAGGCCAGAAAUAUUAGUGACUUGCAGAGCUAGGGACUGAAGUCAGACUUCCUAGACAGAAGGGGUUUUUUGGGAGGCUGGGUGCAACAGGGCUCCUGGAACGCUCUGGCUUAUGCUUCAUAAACACUGUUUGUGUUUCUAUGAAAGAGAGUACGUAUUUUAACCCCUGGGGGGAGAGACAUUUGAAUCAUCGCCCCCAUCGUACCAUUUCCCCAGUGGUAAUCAGUGCCUGAAGCUGCUAUUUAAUUACAGUUUUCAAAUCCCGUGUCUUACCCUGAAUGCAAACAAAACAGAGACAAGCUAAUAAGAGAGCAGAGCCUUAGCAGGAAGGCAUUGUCAGACACCGUGCUUUUUAGAGACAGGAGUUUUAAUUUUUGUUGCUGCAUGACGUAUUUGUUCUCCAAAUCAUAAAGUGUAUCCCUGGAAUACAGGAAGACAGAGAGGGAGAAGGGACUGUGAAUGAUGGCCCCUAAUAAUAAUAAUAAUAAUAAUAAUAAUAAUUUAUUAUUUAUACCCGGCCCAUCUGGCUGGGUUUCCCCAGCCACUCUGGGUGGCUUCCAACAGAAUAUUAAAAUACAAUAACCUAAUAAACAUUAAAAGCUUCCCUAAACAGGGCUGCCUUCAGAUGUCUUCUAAAAGUCUGGUAGUUGUUCUUCUCUUUGACAUCUGGUGGGAGGGAGUUCCACAGGGCCGGUGCCACUACCGAGAAGGCCCUCUGCCUGGUUUCCUGUAACUUGGCUUCUCGCAGGGAGGGAACCACCAGAAGGCCCUCGGCGCUGGAUCUCAGUGUCCAGGCUGAAUGAUGGGGGUGGAGACGUUCCUUCAGGUAAACUGGACUGAGGCCGUUUAGUGCUUUAAAGGUCAGCACCAACACUUUGAAUUGUGCUCAGAAACAUACUUACCCUUUUGGCUCCUAUCUAUUGCUAGAGUUGCCAAACCUUAAUCUUGUUAAUCACUAGGAUACCUUAUUAAAAGGGUGGGGGGAAGCUUGGCAUGAGUUGCUAGCUUUUGCUGUUCCUCGGGGCUUUGUCCCUUGCCCCCAACAAUGGGAGCAUGCGACAGAUGUGCAUAAAAUUAUGUGUGGUUUGGAGAAAGUAGAUAGGGGUACAUUUUUCUCCCUCCCUCAUAAUACUAGAACCUGGGAACAAAUAAUGAAGCUAUAAUGUUGAUGGAAGAUUCAGGACAGAGAAAAAGAAGAGAAACUCUUCAUAGGUUGCCUAGUUUAACUAUGAAAUUCACUCCCACAAGAUGCACUAUGACCACCAUCUAGAAUAGUAUUAGAAGCAGAUUAUUCUAAGACUCCCUGGAAAAGACCCUGAUGCUGGGAAAGAUGGAGGGCACAAGGAGAAGGGGACGACAGAGGACAAGAUGGUUGGACAGUGUUCUCGAAGAUACCAGCAUGAGUUUGACCAAGCUGUGGGAGGCAGUGGAAGACAGGAGGGCCUGGUGUGCUCUGGUCCAUGGUGUCACAAAGAGUUGGACACGACUAAAUGACUAAACAACAACAGAGGAAUUCUCAUAGGGGUAUCAAUUGCUACCAGCCAUAAUGGCUGUGUUCUGCCUCCACUGUUGGAGAGCGCUGUUGCAUAACCUCCAAUGUGAUGCUGCCCAAAUCUGGAACACCAUCUUCCAGGUCUGAAAUCCUGCGUGAUGCACGAGACCCGCACAAAAUCACAGAUGUGAAAAAAGUCAUGGCACCCAAAAACACACAUUUUGGGGUAGUGAACGAGACCCCCAAAUUCCUACUUUUUGGGGGGGUGAGAUCUUGGCCAGAAAUCAUGCGAAAGCAGGGCACCCAAAAUGGCUGCCUUGCUCACCUGGGAAAAAAUGGGAAGUCCCGGUUUUUCCGGGGCAGUUGAUGGGUAUGCUGUUGUGUUCAGGUCCUGCUAUUGGGGUUCACCUUGUAGCAUCUGGUUGGCCACUUUGGGAACAGGGUGUUUGACUAGCAGGCCCUGGACUUGAUUCAGAAGGCUUUUCUUGUGCUCUGAAUAUAGACAUUAAAACAGUGAAUUGUGUGGGGUGGAUGCAGAAAAGGAGUGUGCCGUCAGUGGCGAUCCGCUCAUUGCUACCAACCGUGAACUGCAUUUUAGGCAGGGAUGAACUCCACUUGGAAACUCCAUUCAGGAGCUCCUGAAUGGAACCAAUCCCAGCACCAAAUUUUAAAAAGUGACAAAUACAGCAUGCUAAGGAACAAUCAGAAAUGCUGUUAAAGGCUUGUCUACACUUACUUUUCCCCCUUUCUGGGCACAGUCCACACUGUAAAGCACUGCGUCCAUGAGCUCUUCUUCUUCUUUUCCCUUGCAUUUCCUCCAUGAAAACCUGCUCUUUAACAGUGAAUCAGAACAAAUGACAAUUUGGAUUUUCUGUGGAUUGCUGCUUGUUCCAGUUCAACGGUAAAGAAUGGGUUUCCAUGGGGGAAGCGCCAUGGGGGGGAGCACUCUGACGCAGUGCUUUACAGCACAGACGUGUGCUUAGAAACACAGCACAAAAGGAAGUUGGGUGAGGCCUAAGUCCCCAGGUACUUACUUUCAAGCUGCAUAUUUACCUGCCCUACCUACUACCCCUGAUGUCAUGUAUGAUGCCAGUUAUAGGGCAGGUGAGAGUGGCUUAGGGGAAAUGGCCUCAUGGGCCAAAUGAAGUAACCCUUGCAAAUAGGCAAAUGAUGGUGAGAAGUGCAAAACAAAUAAUAAUAAUAAUAAUAAUAAUAAUAAUAAUAAUAAUAAUUUAUUAUUUAUACCCCGCCAAUCUGGCUGAGUUUCCCCAGCCACUCUGGGCGGCUUCCAACAGAAUAUUAAAAUACAAUAGUCUAUUAAACAUUAAAAGCUUCCCUAAACAGGGCUGCCUUCAGAUGUCUUCUAAAAGUUGUUGUUGUUUGUCUCUUUGACAUCUGGUGGGAGGGCGUUCCACAGGGCGGGUGCCACUACUGAGAAGGCCCUCUGCCUGGUUCCCUGUAACUCGGCUUCUCGCAGCGAGGGAACUGCCAGAAGGCCCUCGGUGCUGGACCUCAGUUUCCGGGCAGAACGAUGGGGGUGGAGACGCUCCUUCAUGUUUUGGGAAGACAACACACACGUGGGGUCAAAAGAGCUUGCUAGUUGCAGCUAGACUUGUUACUGCACCAAAUUGCAAGUGCUGUGUGCCAUUUUCCAUAGAUUGUUGGUGCAGUAAGCUUUGGAAUGCAGCAGAAAAGCUUCCCUAUCAAAAAUGUGUGAUCAAAGGGGCUAACCAAACCAGAAAUGUAUUAGGCUGUAUCUUUAUUUAUUAUUCCAUGUGGGGGAGAGCAAUGAGCUCCCCCCUCCUCGAAAUAGUGACAGUGGGCAAAGACCACAAAUAGAAAUUGUUGGGGUUAAUGUCUAGGUUCGGACUUGUGGAGCCAGCAUUAUAAUUUGCAGUUGUUGAUGUCAGCAGAAAAGAAUUGGGAAAGGGUAUUCUCUUGCUGUCUUCAAAAGGGCAGAUGCAAACCACAUAUUUUAACCACAUGCAGAGCACAUUUAAAGCCCAUGACUGCCCCAAAGAAUCAUGGGGACGGUAGUUUUCCCCUCACAGAGUUAUAGUUCCCAGCACCCUUACGGUGUGGAUCUGCCCUUUGUAACAAAAGAGGGGGAAAUGCAAUGCUGUUUUGCUGCUGAGCUGUUUUCUGUUUAUACUUUUGCACCAGAAAGUUUCUUAAUUAAAAAAGAACAGAGCAGGGACGUAGCAUGGGGGGGGGCAUAGCUCUGGGUGCAUGAUUUUUAGGGGGCAUGAGCCAGGUACCCCCACACAAGGAUCCCUGUCCCGUCCUGUGAGCCCCAGAGCCUGGCCUGGCCGGGCUGACCUUCGCGUCCCUGGCCCCCUUGCUGAAUGGCCACCUGGCCAGUGUUGGGGUGGGGAUUUGCCUGCCCAGGGCCACAUUGACUGGGCAUACUCCUCCCUGCAUGGGUGGCCAGGGCUGAGCUGGUACAUGGGCUCCAUGCGCCCUCUGGCCCCCAUGCACCCAUGCCCAGAAGCAGGCUAGGGUUGGUCUAGUGGAGGGGAUUCUGUUGGCCCUGAGCAUCCUGCCCCUGCCAUGCGCCAAAAAAGGAUGCAACACUGCUGGUGUGGGAGCAGGGGAGGUUUUUGGCAGUGCUUUGUGGUAUGUGUCUCUAUUUUCAUGUGUUGGAGGGGAGGCAUUCAUGGUCCUAGGGACUUGAGCUUGUGGUGUAAUCCAAGCUGUCCUCCCUCCAUUAAAUAUGAAGCAAUUGCAGCUGCUCUCCAAGGCAACCACAGCAAGGUUUCAGGUUAAGAGACGCCACAGUAACGUAUCCCAGCUUUUUCUCCAAAGAGCUCAGAGCAGCCACCACCACACACAUUUUUAUUUUUAUUUUGUCAUUACAGUAGCCUUGUAGGCUAGCCUAGGCUGGGGGGUGGCAACUGAGUCUUCCAGUGGGCUUCAUGGGGAUUUGGAACUGAGUCUGUCCAGGUCUUAAGUCCAACACACACACACAAACACACUCAAACCCCCAUGCUCUUCAAAUAUUUUUUUGGACUACAAAGUUAAUCAACCCUAUCCAACAUGGCCAAUGGUCAGAGAUGGUGGGCGCUGUGGUCCAGCCACAAGUCCCACAUCCCUGUUUAUGCACAUGCUGUUUUAGAGGUUAGGACUCUGAUUGGCAGCCACUCUCCAUGGUAUUACCAGGAGUGAGGACCCUGUGCUCCUUCUGGUGUCUGACUAUAGCCCCCAUCAUCCCUGCCACGUUGCCCAGGGCAGAUGGGAGUUCGAGCCCAACCACGGCUGGAGAGCCACAAGUUCCCCACACCUUUCUUAGGCAUUGGUCUUUCCCAUUCCCUCAACCUCAGAGCCUAUUAAAUAAAGAUGCUAAGGGUUUGAACUUGAUACCAGUUACCUGGGAAACUGCUUCACAGCAGGUCAAACUAUUUGUCCACCCAGCCCAGCAUCUUCUACUCCAGGGGCAGCUAACCCGUGACCCUCCAGAUGUUGUUGUGCUCCAGCUCUCACCAACUGUGGAACAAAAUGUUCCCUGCUCCUCUCUUAUGUCGCCUUGCUUUCUGUCUCUUUCUGCUUUCCACCUGUGGAACUGAAUGUCUGCCUUUAUCUUCUCUGUUUGGCUGGCUCUGCUUUGCUCUCCGUCUCCUGGCGACUGACGGUGGCAGCACCGCCGCCAGGUAAUUGUUGCCACGGGAACUCCAUCCUAAGGCAUCUGCAAUCCCCAUUGUGGUGCAACCGUUUCCCCUUCCCUGCUUCUCCUAGAUAUGUUUGUGUAGGGCUGUUGUGUUCUCUCAGAAGCUGCAACCAGACCGGUGGGUGUCUUGCCUGUUUGCCUUUCAAAGCUGGCCACCGUUGUUAGAGACAUGCCGCUUUGGGUUUGCUCCUCUGAGGCAGGAAGUCUUCACAUGUCCCAGGCUAGGAUCUUUAGUCCUGGAUCUUUGGUGGGGUGGAAGACGGCAUGUGUCAGAGCACUGUUUCUCAAACUUGGGUCUCCAGCGGUUGUUGGACUACAACUCCCAUCAUCCCUGACCACUGGUCCUGCUAAGUAAGGAUGAUGGGGGUUGUAGUCCAACAACAGCUGGAGACCCAAGAAGAACCUCUGGGGCAUCAACUGUCUUCUCCAGCUCUGGCCUCUCAUCUGAUGCAGAGCCAGCAAAUGGUUAUUUGGGUUGACGCACCAAGUCCCAUGAGUGUGUUUGUGUAGGCAAUCUGUAAUAGGACAGCUUCUUCCCCCACCGCAGGGGUGAGGAACCUCAGGCCCAAAGGAUGAAUGUGGUCCUUCACUUCUGGUCCUCGUAGCUCUUCCAGAUCGCAUCCCCUGUCUCUGCCAGCCACACCUCUCACUGGGCCUGCUUAGCGUUGAGAACAGCCAUGCCUGGCUGGAGGGUGUCUUUGUACUCCAGUUGUGCCUCUGGAUGGAUGAUAGGGAGGGAGGCAUGGAUGGGUGCAGAAACCAACCUAUGUCCAAAAGUAAAAUUGAUAUCAGUUGCUCUGCUCAUUUUGCCUCUGGCCUUGCCAACCACUGGCACGUGGCCCCUGGAAGGUUUCCUAGAAAGAAGUGUGGCCCUUGGGAUGAAAAAGGUUCCCCUGCCCAACCACCUGUGCUGUUGAUGUGGUACUUUAUUCUCUCCCUCCCUCCCCUCCAUUUAUCUCGCAGGAGAACAGAGAAAGAGUGAAGGAGGUUGCUCAGCAAGGGAAAAGGUUAAGAAGCAAAGCAGCAGCAUCUUGAUGUUUUGCAGACUAGGCCAAGCUGGGAGCUGACUGAAACUUUGCUCCCCUCAGUUGCGAAAGAGGAGACUGAAGCUUCCCCAAGGAUCUCAACAGUUAGCCUUCAGCCUAACUGAGCCCUUUGUUGUUGUCUUUUUUAAUUUUAAUUUUUUAAUUCCAGGCAGAAGAACUCUUUGUCCCAGAAUUUUUCAGGAUGGCAGCUGGUAAGUGAAUCCUCUUACUCUUUCCCUGACUUAGUCUGCCUUAUUGCUCUUUCAGCCCAAUUCACAGACCAGCCCACACAAACUGGAUUUGAGGGGGUAGGUCUCUGAGUUUAGCUCUCUGAAUACCAGUUGCUGGCAAUUGCAACUGCGGAGGAGAGUGCUCUUGUGUUCAGGUCCUUUUUGGGGGGCUUCCCGUUGUUGGCCACUCUGAUAGUAGGAUCCUACACUAGGUGGGCCACUGGCCUGAUCCAGUGGGCUCUAUUAUUAUCCUUCAGGUCUUCUUAUCCAACCUCCCUCUCUGUCCAGCUACAAGACGUUAUGUCCACCAACUUGGUUUUAGAAAGGGGUUGAGAGGAGAGUAAGAGGAACAACUGAGGAACGAGGACUGCAGCUUGAUUGAGGCGAGCAAGAGGGUCGUAACAGAGGUGCAUAAGAUUCUGCAUAGUGUGGAGAGGGAGAGGGAGUUUCUCUCUCGCUUUCUUACAAUGCUAGGACUCAGGGCCAACCAGUGAAGUUGAAUGUUGGGCUCUUCAGGACAAACAGAAGGAAGCAGCGCAUGAACGAUGAUGUAGCAAUGGCUGCAAAACUUGGAUGGGGUUAGAGCAAUUCAUGGAGGAUAAGGCUAGUAAUGACAGCUAUCCAUGGUAGCUGUGUUUUCCCUCCACUGUUGGAGGCAGUAAGCUUCUGAACACCAAUUGCUGGGAAUCACAAGUGGAGAGGAUGCUAUUGCACUUGAGUUGCUGCUUGAGUGCUUCCCAGAAGGGGGAUCUGAUGGCCCCCGUGAGAACAGGAUGUAGGACUACAUGAGACCCCUUUGGCCUGACUCAGCUUCAGGUCUGCAAUGGAGCCCAUCAACACCUGUUAUGCCCACCCCACCCCAUCUUUCAUGGUACCCGCAAACAGCACCAGGUGACCAAGAGCUGCGAUGUAGUAAUAAUAAUAAUAAUAAUAAUAAUAAUAAUAAUAAUAAUAAUUUAUUAUUUGUACCCCGCCCAUCUGGCUGGUUUUCCCCAGCCACUCUGGGCGGCUUCCAACAAAGAUGAAAAAUACACUAAAAUGUCACAUAUUAAAAACUUCCCUGAACAGGGCUGCCUUCAGAUGUCUUCUGAAUGUCAGGUAGUUGUUGUUCUCUUUGACAUCUGAUGGGAGGGCGUUCCACAGGGCGGGCGCCACUACCGAGAAGGCCCUCUGCCUGGUUCCCUGUAACUUGGCCUCUCGCAGUGAGGGAACCGCCAGAAGGCCCUCGGAGCUGGACCUCAGUGUCCGGGCAGAACGAUGGAGGUGGAGACGCUCCUUCAGAUAUACUGGACCAAGGCCGUUUAGGGCUUUAAAGGUCAGCACCAACACUUUGAAUUGUGCUCGGAAACGUACUGGGAGCCAAUGUAGGUCUUUCAAGACCGGUGUUAUAUGGUCUCGGUGGCCGCUCCCAGUCACCAGUCUAGCUGCCGCAUUCUGGAUUAGUUGUAGUUUCCGGGUCACCUUCAAAGGUAGCCCCACGUAGAGCGCAUUGCAGUAGUCCAAGCGGGAGAUAACCAGAGCAUGCACCACUCUGGCGAGACAGUCUGCAGGCAGAUAGGGUCUCAGCCUACGUACCAGAUGGAGCUGGUAAACAGCUUCCCUGGAUACAGAUUUGACCUGUGCCUCCAUGGACAGCUGUGAGUCCAAAAUGACUCCCAGGCUGCGCACCUGGUCCUUCAGGGGCACAGUUACCCCAAUCAGGACCAGAGAAUCCUCCACACCUGCCCGCCUCCUGUCCCCCAAGAACAGUACUUCUGUCUUGUCAGGAUUCAACCUCAAUCUGUUAGCCGCCAUCCAUCCUCCAACCGCCUCCAGACACUCACACAGGACCUUCACCGCCUUCACUGGUUCUGAUUUAAAAGAGAGGUAGAGCUGGGUAUCAUCUGCAUACUGAUGAACACCCAGCCCAAACCUCCUGAUGAUCUCUCCCAGUGGCUGCAUGUAAAUGUUGAAAAGCAUGGGGGAGAGGACAGAACCCUGAGGCACCCCACAAGUGAGAGCCCAGGGGUCUGAACACUCAUCCCCCCCCCCACUUUCUGAACACGGCCCAGGAGGAAGGAGCGGAACCACUGUAUGUCAGUGCCCCCAGCUCCCAGCCCCUCAAGACGGUCCAGAAGGAUGUUAUGGUCGAUGGUAUCAAACGCCGCUAAGAGAUCCAGCAGAACUAGGAAACAGCUCUCACCUUUGUCCCUAGCCCGCCGGAGGUCAUCAACCAGUGCGACCAAGGCAGUUUCAGUCCCAUGAUGAGGCCUGAAUCCCGACUGGAAGGGAUCCAAAUGGUCCGCUUCUUCCAGGCGUGCCUGGAGUUGUUCAGCAACCACUCGCUCAAUCACCUUGCCCAAGAAUGGAAGAUUUGAGACUGGGCGAUAAUUGGCCAUCGUGGCUGCAUCUAAAGAUGGUUUUUUAAGAAGAGGUUUAAUAACCGCCUCUUUCAGCGGGUCUGGGAAGGCUCCCUCACAGAGGGAAGCAUUCACCACCCCACGAAGCCCAUCGCCCAGUCCUUCCCGGCUAGCUUUUAUAAGCCAGGAUGGGCAAGGAUCAAGGAGACAGGUGGUUGGCUUCACUCGUCCAAGCAGCCUGUCCACAUCCUCGGAGGUAACAGGUUGGAACUGAUCCCACGCAACUUGACUAGACAGGACUCUAGCACUCUGCCGCCCUGGCCCUGCUCCCACGGUGGAGUCUACUUCUUCCCGAAUCUGAGCGAUUUUAUCUGCAAAAAACUUUGCAAAAUCAUUGCAGGAGAUCAUGUGGCCCGUACUGGGCCCAGAUGUCGCAGGUGGUUCCGCUAAAUUGUGAACCACUUGAAAAAGUCUCCUGCUGCUGUUUUCUGCAGAUGCUAUCGCCACUUGGUAGGCUCGACGUUGAGCUCUAACCUGUGUCCGGUCAGAUUCGGAAUGAGUUAUCCGCCACCGGCGCUCUAGCUGUCUCAAUGAUUGUUUCAUUGCCCUCAGAUCCGUGGAAAACCACGGGGCUGUCCGGGCUCCAUGCAAUUGGAGAGGGCGCUUCGGAGCCAAACAGUCAAUAGCCCUGGUUAACUCCACAUUCCAGUGGGCCACCAGGGAAUCGGCUGAAAGGCCAUCAACAUGGGAUAAAACAUCCCCUACCACUCUCUGGAAACCAUUUGGAUCCUUUAAGUGGCGGGGGCGGACCAUCCGAAUUGGUCCCACCUCCUUGCAGAGGGGAUGGGUUGCAGAGAAGUCCAGUUGCACCAGGAAGUGAUCUGACCAUGGCACUUCUUUCGUUUCGCUUUUACUUAGUGUCAGAUCACCAACAUCCAUAGAGGUGAACACCUGGUCUAAGGCAUGCCUGUGGCUAUGGGUUGGGCCAGACUUAUUCAGGGACAGCCCCAUGGCGGCCAUGCUUUCCACGAAGUCCCGAGCGGCCCCUUGUAAGGUCGUGUCGGCAUGGAUAUUAAAAUCCCCUAGGACAACCAAGCUAGGUGUCUCCAGGAGAACAUCUGCCACAACCUGAAGCAGCUCGGGCAGGGAAUCCUUGGUGCAGCUGGGAGGUCGGUACACCAAAAGGAAUCCUGUACUGCCCCUAUUGCCCAACUUCCAGAACAUGCACUCAGAAAACUGGGUCUUCCCAAUAGGAUGCCUGGUGCAAACUAAUGACUUCCUAAAAAUCACUGCAACCCCCCCUCCCCGCCCACAUGACCUGGGUUGCUGUGCGUAAGAGAAACCUGGUGGACAAGCAGCGGCAAGGACAGGCCCAUCUGCUUCAUCCAACCAAGUCUCUGUCACACAUGCCAGGUCAAGUCCUCCAUCCAUGAUCAAGUCAUGGAUGGCAGUGGUCUUAUGAAUCAUUGACCUGGCAUUGCACAGCAGCACCUUCAGGUCAUGUGGGUAUCCCUUGCUGAUUCUAGUAUCCAUCCGGUCAGGACCAGACCCGGAGGCAGGAAUAGUCCUCAGACAACGACUAAACCUGCCUCCUCUGUAAUGACAUGGUCUGGUCUUAGCGUAACUCCUCCUCCUACCCGUGAUCACUGAGAUCGGUUGUCCCAGUGCAUCCCCCCCUGUGGAACAUGCCCCAGCCAUUUUGUUGGCUGGGACCCACUCCCCGGCAGCCCUGACCCCUCCCCUUAAGAACAAAAUAACACCUUAAAAAACAACAACAAUAAAACAAUACAAACAAAAAACAGUAAAAAUUACAAAAACAUAAAAUCAAACAAAUUCCCAGGCCCAAUAAACAUCCAUCCCACCCCCACUUACAAAAAAUUCAAAAGAAAUUUUUUAAAAACAUUUUAAAAGCACUCUGCACCCCUCCAGCAGUAACAGCAACUGUCCUAGGGAGGCCCAUCAGGCCCCGCCCUGGGCCAGGUGGUAAGUGGCAGGAAGGAGCAGGGCCCUCAGACACUCACACAGGAGAGUCCUCCUGGGCAGCAGAGCGCAGCAGUCCUUACACAGGACAGAAGGGUCCCCUUUGCCGUGGGAUCCCCUCAAACCUGGAGUCGACUCUCAUGCCUUCUGAUUGGCCUUACAUGUCAUUUGAAUAGUGAUAGGACACAUUUUGACAGUCCAAAUACACUGUAUUCCAUCUUGCCAGUAGGUGCAUGCCUUGCAGCGUUACUCUAGCUGCAUUACGUGAGUGUCAGUGGAGGCUGGUGCAUCAAGGCGAAAGGGGCAUCACCCUACUCAUCUCAGCUUUCCCUCGGCCAGCCUCCACCUGCCUGCCUGCCUUCUUUCUUACAACCAGGGGGUGUCUGUGCCUGCCAGAUUGCUCCACUGCUGCCUUAGUCUCUGCAAGCUCAGCCAUCUGAUCUGCACCAUGUGGGCUGAGAGUAGCAUUGUUUUUGCAUGCUUUUGUCAUGUCUUCAAAUACAAUUGGCUGUAUUAGCCCGUCUGUUUUUUAAUGAAUGAAUGAAUGAAUGAAUGGGAACCUGGUUUGCUGACAAAAGUGAGUUCACUGCACAAACUUAGGGCUCAUCCACACUUCUGCUUUCCCCACUGCUUUCCCCUAGAAAAACUCAAAUCUUUACUACAGAAUUGGUGCAAAUGUCUACUGGGUUUUCUCCAGAUUGACAUUUGCUUUUAUUUAGCAAUAAGGAGCAGGUAUCCUGGGGGAAAGCAGAAGGGCAAAGGCUAAACCACACGGGACAAGAGGAAAGCAAUGUCUCACCCACACUUCCACUUGUCCUGUGCACAGAAAGUGUGGGUCUGACUGGUUUUCCUGAGGUGGUCAGCCUGUGUCUGGGCUUUGCCGCUUCAGGAGGAGGCUCACAGGUCUGAAAGUUUCUCUAUAGAUAUCAGUUCUUGGGCAGAGGCUCUCUCCUGGCUUUUGCAUCUGAGAUCCUCUUAAACAGAGAUUGUACUGAGGACCCUCCAUAGGAAAAGCAGCUGCUCUGUUCUGAGCUGCAGCCGCUACUAGCCAUGUCCACAUGUCAUGAUGAGCAAGGGCUGCAGGUUCCUGGUGUGCUGGUCUCGGUUGUCCAACCACACCUAGUGUGCUUCUCCUCUGCUACAUGUCAGAGAAGCAACCCAGGAAGCCACAGUUAAGUUUGGCUUCCCACAAUGUCCAAACGCAGCGUCAAGGUUUGCUCCUCCCUGACAAGCUAGUGCUGCUAGCAAGCCUUAAAACUACUGGCUCAUAAAUCCUAGCUCAUUAGAGGCAAGCAAAGAAUGGCUGGUAAAUUGCCUUGUUUAUUUCUCCCUCUUGUGCUAGAGGAGGAGUAAGGUCAGCGGGGGGUGGUCCAUUGGGACAAGAAGGCCCCUUCCCCAUUGAACUCAGCUGGUCCUCAGCUGCUCAUCUUCCUUUUUGCAACCAGUCCAGGGGGUGGCACUCACUGACCUCUUCCCCAUUAGUGUUUCCUUUGUAUAUCUCAACAGGGAGGAGGAUUGGAGCAAAAUUAGAACUAGUCGGCUCUGUCUGCCAUUGGCUCUGGCACCACCUACUGUUGGUUUCCCUGUCUUCCGCCCCACCAGUCCCAAGGGUCACUAUCCUGCCUUGGGAAUGACAGCAUGCCCAUAAUCUACAACAGACCAUGAUAAUCAGACAACUUUGUCCUUUCUUAGCUGCAAACGUGGCUUUCCUUGGAACACCCCUUCUGCGUUUUAGGUUGGUCUGCAGUACAGAAACCAGAACAUAAACAUCUCUGGUUCAGGCAUAUCAAAAGAUUUCCCCAAGCCACACAUGUCCCCAAGUAGGCAGUUGUAAUUCUAGAAAGCUGUAAUUAAAGGAGACCUCACCCUGCUGCUUGCUGAUGAUGCCCUGAGCUGUGGACUGCUCCAAAACCAACCCUCUUUAUUUUUAGCUAUGCUGCCUUCGCUGUCAGUUAGGUUUUCACCCAUCCAUUGCAACCUUCCAAGGGCCACGUGCAAACAGUGGACGGGGCCAGAGUCUAGUUUCUAGACUCCCCCACCCCACCCCCUUCUCUAACUUCUGCCCAGGCAAGGAAUGGGCGCAAUCAGAGAUUUGGGACACAUCCCAGGCAGGCCUGCACCCUCACAAAAGGUGCCUUGAGGGGGAGUUUCUCCAGCUCUCUUUGCUCAGUCUCAUACCAUCUUACAUUAUUACUAAUUUUAGCAAGAGCCUCUCUUGGAUUCUGAGUGCAGAUUGGAGUUGAAAAAGAUUCAUAGUGAGACGGCCUCCUCCAUUUAGAUUGUUUUAUUUUUAGAUUUAAAUUAUAUCCAGAUUUUAAGACUGUCCACUGUAACUGGCACUUUAGCGGGCUGUGAAUGUAACGGGUCCUACUUGUGUUGGUUUCUGUUGUAGAAGUUCUGUUUCCUACUACCCAAAACAAAUCAAGCUUCCCACAGCUAGUGCCGCUGGGGGUUUAGACUAUAAAGAAUCCGCUCUCCCCAUAUUUCUGGAUUUUAUUUUGCCUCACCUCAAGUUGCUUCCUCUUCCUGUAACUGGAAUACAUCUGAUAAAUUUUUCAAAUGAGUUCAAGAUUCCUCCAGCUUCUCUCAAGAGUCAAAUUUGAAUUGUGCUGAGGAGAGGCACUCAAAGCAACAGAUCAUCUUACACUAACAUGGAGCAGUGCAUAAGGUCCCUUCGAACUCUAUGAUCCUAUGACUCUAUGAUUGUAUGACUCUGGGUCCUCCUGGGCUGGAUCCAGGCUCUGUUUGCAAAAAGGAGCACAUCUGGAAUCCUCCACCCGUAUUGGAUUCUUGGCCCCCUGCAGAUGCUGCAUGAAACAAUUGAGCUCUGGCAUCUACUGGGCCUUAGCAACGGUCUCCCUGGCAACCUGUGUUGGACUCUGAGCCACAAGGCCUCCCUAAAAAGCCCAGACUAAGCCCAGCCCAGUCCCAGCUGUGGAGGGCAGGGUGCCCAGAGGCUCAUGGACAAAAAAUGUACUAAGCAGGAAAAGAGAGGCUUUCUGGGGGGCGGGAACAAGGAGGAAGGACAGGACGGGAAUCAAAGCAGCAAAAAGGAGCUACCAGUUUUGGAGGGAAGAUGGGUGCCCAGUGCUCCUGUGUCGAAGAUCCCAUAGUUAAAGCUGGCAAAGGUAAUCCUGGGAGGGAAGGCCUUAGGGCUUGUCUGAAAUCCUUUGAAAGCUGGAAGCUGGCUUCUGUUCACAUUGCCCAAAAGCAAAGGCUGAGCGCCUUCCAUUUGGCAAGGGGCUGGGGUGGAGAGCAGCAGCAAUAGCACGUGUGUGUGUGUGUGUGUGUGUGUGUGUGUGUGUGUGUGUGUCAGCACUUGCUUUCUGCUGAAUAUCUCUCCCUGGGCGGGCAUCUGGUAAAUGUCCACAAGUGCUUGCCUCCCAGAGCUUAACGUUGUCUUGUUCCUUCUUUUCCCCCUCCCAGAAAAAUUGAAAAACCACAAGAUCAUCUUUGUAGUUGGUAAGUAUAGGAGAAGUUGCUGGUCAGCCUGAUGCAGAAAUAGAUCUCUCAUCCAGCUCAUAGAUUUCCAAACAAACAGGAACAGGAACAUUAAUAAAAGUGAGAAACUUACCACUGAAGGGUUGGCUGGGGUAUAUUAAGGAAGGAUCUGGGGCAUGGGUAGGCAAAUUAAGGCCUGCAGGCCGGAUCUGGCCCAAUCGCCUUCUCAAUCCGGCCCGCGGACGGUCCAGGAAUCAGCUUGUUUUUACAUGAGUAGAAUGUGUCCUUUUAUUUAAAUUGUAUCUCUGGGUGAUUUGUGGGGCCUGCCUGGUGUUUUUACAUGAGUAGAAUAUGUGCUUUUAUUUAAAAUGCAUAUCUGGGUUAUUUGUGGGGCAUAGGAAUUUGUUCAUUCCCCCCCUCCAAAAAAUAUAUAUAGUCUGGCCCCCCACAAGGUCUGAGGGACAGUGGACUGGCCCCCUGCUGUAACAUGAUCUGGGGCAUGUUAAAAUCCCAAGGAAGAGUAACAACAAUAACAAGCAUAGGAUUCCUGGUGCCCCCCCCCCCAGCUGUUCAGGCUUCCAUCCUUCCAGGGAUCCUCAGCCUACCUCUCCCCAGUAGGCAGUCACAGUUGGAGUAGGUGUAGGGGAGUUUGCAUUUAAAGGUGAACCUGUCUGACCCACACUUUCAGAAACAGUACCACGAAACGAAACGCAGCAGAGCUUUAAAACUCAUUAUUACCCAAGUUUUGCAAUGCAGUUCUCCUGCCAAGUAAUGUGUUACAAAAAUGCACUUACACUCUGGGGUGGGGGUGGGCAUCCAUUAAAUUGUGUAUAUUAAUGAAAGUAACAUAGAGAUGUGCAUUAUGCUAGGGGGAAUUGCUUUGCAAAAUAGCAUUUGUUUUGAAAAUUUGCAUACAAAAAUGAGUUUAUGAGGAGAAAUUCACACAACAAUGCUGAUGAAUUUUCAUGAGGUUCUUUUUUUUUUUCCUUUGCAAACUGAUGUGGCCAUGUGGCAAACUGAACUUAAGACUGGAAAAAGAGAAGCAGGGAGGAGGAUGGGGGUAUAUAAUUAGUUGGUUCUGCCUGUCUUUGGCUCUGUUUGCACCUGCCAUUCCCUCCACCUCAUCCGUCCCAGUGGGUACCAGGUGCCACUGCCUGAGAAGGUUUCAUGAUCUACCACUCCCUCCCUCAGCCAUUUCUCUUCCUAGACUCUGUGGCGGAAAUGUCCUGUGUUGUGUUGCAGGCGGGCCUGGCUCAGGAAAGGGGACACAGUGCGAGAGGAUUGUUCAGAAGUAUGGUUACACCCACCUAUCCACUGGCGACCUCCUGAGAGCGGAGGUCAGCUCUGGCUCAGACAGGGGGAAGAAACUGUCGGCCAUCAUGGAGAAGGGAGAGUUAGUCCCACUGGUGAGUUUAUGGUGGGAAUAAAUGGGGUUUGUUCUGACAGGGCCCGGCCUUCAAUGCUCUUCUUCGAAUUGUAGAGUUGGAAGGGACACUAAUGUUCUCUUCCAACCCUCUGCAGUGAUCUCCACUAAAGCAUCCCUCUGCUUAAAAACCUCCAAAGAAGGAGAGUCCACAAUCUCCUUUCUUGAAACUUGAAGCCCUUGGUUUGGGUCCUACCCUCCAGAGCAAGAGAAAGCAAGCUUCCUUCAUCUUCCAUGUGACAGCGCAUUAGAUAUUUGAAGAUGGCUAUCAUAUCUCUUCUCAGUCUCCUCUUUACCAGGCUAAACAUACCCAAUUUCCCUCUUUUUUCUACCUAGUUAAGAUCUUCCCUCUACCAGUCUGCCACCUUUCUUUUCCAAUUAAACUGUUUUUAUUGUGUUAUAUAUACAUAUGUAAUAACAAACCCAUAACAUAACAUUCCCCAUAACAUAACAUUCGCCUCCACCACCACCUCCAAAGCAGAUAACAGGUUAUACAGUAACAUAAUUGAUUCUUAUUCAUCCAUACAAAUUAUCCAAACGUCCUUGCCCUACCCAGCCACUCUGGGCAGCUUCCAACACAUAUAAAAACAUGAUAUAACAUCAAACUUUAAACACUUCCUGAUACAGGGAUGCUUUCAGGUGUCUUCUAAAAGUUGUGUAGUUCUUUAUUUCCUUGACAUCUGAUGGGUGGGCGUUCCACAGCGUGGGUGCCACUACCAAGAACGCAGUGAGGGAACUGCCAGAAAGCCCUUGGAGCUAGAUCUCAGGGUCCGGGCUGAACAAUGCUAUACAUUCCUUCAGGUAUAUAGGGUUGAAGACUUUUAGGGCUAGAUCAGCACCAACACUUGGAAUUGUGCUCAGAAAUCUGCUGGGAGCCAGUGUAGAUCCUUUAGGACAGGUAUUAUAUGGUUCCAGUAGCCACUCCCAGUCACCAGUCUAGCUGCCACACUCUGGAUUAAUUAUAGUUUCCAAGUCACCUUCAAAGGUAGUGCACGUAGGGUGCAUUACAGUAUUCUUCUUCUUUGGCAAUCACUCAUAGUUGAGUAAGAUUGUCUUCCCUGAACAUGGUCUUAAAGUUACUGUGGAGGCUAAUUCUGGAUCCACACCUCCUUCCUCAGUGGAGACAUAGGUUUCCAGGCAGGAGUUGAUCAAGGUGAGGGUUUGCCAAAUGUGCCUUCCUCUUAGCACAUUUCCCCCUUUAUUCCUGAGUUUGGGUGUCUUCAAAGUCCAUGACACCUUUGGUAAAGGCUGUUCUCCAAUUCGAGCGCUUGUGAUAAAUGGCCACCAUAUUGCAUAAAAUUUGCCCAGUUUUAGUGUUCCAUUUAUCACUUUUAAGUUAUGAGUUAUUUUCUCAAUGGUCGUUGAUUGCAAAACAUUUUUACACCAUCAGGUGUAAGGCCUUCCAGAUUUGAGCUAUAGGUAGCUGAGCAACCAUUUAAAGAACAGUCAAUAAUUCCUUGGUCUCGAUAUCAGUGUUUAUAUCAGCUCCACCACCUGUUGAAGUAGAAGGUCCCUUGCAAAUGACUCCAUGCCUUAUGACGGGAGCUGCCUCAAAGAAUACUUGCAUAAAGCCACCUUUUUUUUACUUGAGAUCCCUCCAACCCAUUUGUCCUCUCCUCUUAUUGAAAGGAAGUCUGUAUGCAACUGAAAUGAAUCACAGAAUCAUAAAGUUGGAAGGGACCUCAGAGGCCAUUGACUCUGGCGCCACCUACUGUUGCCAUCCUGCUUUGCCAGUCAUAAUGGGUACUAGCCACUGCUGGGGCACUUCUAGGUCUCCUGAUCACAGGCCCCCACAGUUUGCAGAGUGCUCCUGUGGUGUUAACUUCAUGGCAUUUCCCUUCUCUGCUCACAGGACACCGUCCUGGACAUGCUGAGGGACGCCAUGGUGGCCAAGGCAGACACCUCCAAGGGUUACCUGAUUGACGGCUACCCCCGGGAAGUGAAGCAGGGCGAGGAGUUCGAGAAGAAGGUAAGAGUGGAGUGGGUGGGAUAAGUUUGGGAAGGGCUGAACCGGAGGAUGAUUGACCCAACCAGAGUGGGGUGGAUGGAAAGAGAGACCCUUUAUUCUGGUUGGAACCCUAAACAUUCAGGAUUAUGAAGAGGAAUGGUGUGGGGAGGUGUUUGCUACGGAUUCUGAUUUGAACCUACCUGGUUUGCCCUUUCUGAAAUGACAUGCAAACUGAAAUCCAGCUAUCCUUCAACUUUUGCACUUUUCCAGGCAUUGCAUUGCAGUUUUCCAGCCCAAGAGUGUGUACAGUGUUGUGUGUAUUUGGGGAAAGCGAGCUUCCCUCUUGUGCAUCAGUGGUGAUGGUUUGGAAGCAGUAUUAUUUUGAGCAUUUCCUGCCUGGGAUUCCCUGAGACAGCACAAGAUGGCAGCAUUGUUCCCCUAGCCUGGUCUAAGCUUGGCAAAUAACUGCUGGUUUAUUCUACAUUCCUAGAAGCCUGGGCAGAUAAGACUUGAGCACAGAUUGAAAAAACCUGGACAAGGUGACUAGUAGCUUGGUGUCCAAGCCACUCUCCCCAGGUGGAGCUCCCAGAUUCAAUCUCCUGCCAUUUCCGGUGUUCUGGACUGUGACCUGAAAGACCAGGGUUCAAAUUCCCACUUGACCAUGAAGCUCAUGGUGUGAACUUGGGCCAGUCAUUGCCUCUUAUCCCAACCUACCUUACAAAGUUGUUGUGAGGAUUAAAUGAGGGUGGAGAACCACGUACGGAACUUUGAGUUAGACCAGGCCCUGAGGAGCCUGUGGCCUUCCAGAUGUUGCUUAGCUGCUGUGCUGGCUGGGACUGGAGAAUUUCCUUCUUCUCUUCCUCUCCCCCACCCCACUCCCUGACCCCUCCAUGUUGCCUCCCUGCUCAGAUUGCACCCCCAACAUUGCUGCUCUAUGUGGACGCUGGCAAGGAAACAAUGGUGAAGCGCCUGCUGAAGCGCGGGGAGACGAGCGGACGAGUCGACGACAACGAGGAGACAAUCAAGAAGCGGCUGGAGACGUACUACAAGGCCACUGAGCCUGUCAUUGCCUUCUAUGAGAAAAGGGGCAUUGUCCGUAAGGUAUGUCCCAUCGUCCACCCAUCUGUCUCCCUCCGCUCCCAAGGACAUAGGAUGCAGGAGAGCAGAAAGCAACUAAGUGUUGCAAAAUGGCCACCGCUCCUCCACCGCUUCUCACUCAUGGGUGAUGAACUUGGAUUGUCCAAAUAAUUUUUCUGGGGGUGGAAUGAUUUGUUUGUUCAACAGUUCCAGCUUGAGGAGGCACCAUGAGCUGCAAUGGCAUCUUUUUCUCUUUUAUUUUCUUUUUUUUUAGCUCAGAAACAGCAGAGCUUCUCUCUGUUUCUCUCUGUCUCUGUCUCUCUUUGGGCAACUUGGCCACCAAUUUGCUUUCCCUGGUACAGGAUUUCCAGUAGCCAUUUCCAGUAGCCAGGGGUAGGGAGGGUGGGAGUUUUCCAUGUUCCACAAUACUCCCCUUUCCCAUGAAAGACAGAAGCUAGAAUUAAAUAAAAUGGAUGCAGGCUGGCUUGAUUUGCAUCACUUUUGCAGGUUGCAGCUUUUUAAGGGAGUGGGGGUGGUAUGGGUAUAUGGAACCCCUGAUCUGGGCCCCAGUUUGUGCUUAUUUAGGCUUAGUAAACCUCUAGACCAGGCAUAAUCAAACUGCGGCCCUCCAUUUGUUUGGGACUACAAUUCCCAUCAUCCUUAGCUAACAGGACCGGUGGUCAGGGAUGAUGGGAAUUGUAGUCCCAAAACAUCUGGAGGGCUGAGUUUGCCUAUGCCUGCUCUAGACUGUCAGUAUUUUGUGAGGGAGAUUCAAGCGGGUUUAUAUUAGACAGUCCUCACAUCAUUCUGCUUUGUCAGUGGUCCUGCAACACUUCCCGCAAGGUUACUGCAUUAUUUGAACAUUAUUUGAGCACGACAAAAGUGGGACAAAAAAUAAUAAUGAACUGGACCAUUUGUGCUAUGAAAAGUUACAGGAUUUCAGCAGGAAGUUGCAGGAUAUUCACUGUAUGGAAACAAAGCAGCGUGUGCACCCCGAAAUGUCUGCAGGUACAAACAGCAUUGAAAGCCUGAUGCCAUCACAAGCACAAAUAAUCCUGAAUGAGCAAUAGAAAGGGUUUUUUUCUGUCUAACUACAGAGCAAGCUUUGUGCAAGCCAAUCAGGAUGGAUGCUGAAUAAACGGGUUUUCUGGAGGAGCCCUUCCUUUCAGCAGGGGGCGGUGAGGUUCUGGUUCAUUUUAAAGUGAGGGCGAGGGGGAGUUCAGUCACAACAUGGGAUGCCUCACUGUGUCUCUUGAAGAUGUCCUGGCUUCAUUCAUAACUCCAAAGGAAGUGUCUACCAGGCCUCCAGAUGCUUGGCAUAGCAAGGCAGUGAGUAAUCCACAGGCCCCACGGGACGGAAGAGGGGGCGCCAGGCUGAUGGAGACAGUGUGAGGAUUUAGGGGCAGAAGUGGACAGAGAAGAGAGGAAGCUGUGCUUGGGCGGGGAGGAAGGUGACUCCCAAGAUUCAUAGCACUUUGGCACAGAGAGCUCUGGUUGCGUUUGGUGCCUUGUGCUGGAAUCCUCCCUGAGAAGAGCAGCUCAAGGAGAUAUCCGGCGUCUUGCUAGUGUUAUUUAUUACAUUUGUUAGUUGCUUUAUACAGAAAGCAAUGAGAAUGAAAUAAAAUGCAAACAGGCAAGUUUAGCGAGAAGCCAGAGUCAAAACAUGGCUUAUGCCAAAGAAUCAAGGGGAGUGUCGUUUGUUUUGGGGGCUGAGGGUUGUUAGGAGGCCCCUUCACAGAGCUGGAAAUCCCCUGCACUGUUAACAAACUACACUUCCCAGAAUUCUUUGGAGGAAGCCAUGACUGUUGAAAGUGACAUAAGAACACCUUGAAUAUUUUUUUAAUUUUUUUUUAUUGGUUUUAGACAUAUUUUCAUGCAUGACAUCAUAUAAACAAAGAUAAAUAAGACAUUUGGCUUCCUGUGACUUCCCUCCUCCCCGACCGAUGGCUUUCAAACCUAUUCUCUAUAUACUGCAUUUUCCUGUAUUUCUUAUUACUAUUAAAUCAUAAUCUUUUAUGGAUACUUACUUAGCUACAAUGGGACGCGGGUGGUGCUGUGGAUUAAACCACAGAGCCUAGGACUUGCUGAUCAGAAGGUCGAUGGUUUGAAUCCCCGUGACGGGGUGAGCUCCCGUUGCUCGGUCCCAGCUCCUGCCAACCUAGCAGUUCGAAAGCACGGCAAAGUGCAAGUAGAUAAAUAGGUACCGCUCCAGCGGGAAGGUAAACAGCGUUUCCGUGUGCUGCUCUGGUUUGCCAGAAGCGGCUUAGUCAUGCUGGCCACAUGCCGGCUCCCUCAGCCAACAACCCGCAACCCCAGAGUCGGUCACAACUGGACCUAAUGGUCAGGGGUCCCUUUACCUUACUUAGCUACAAUAAAUAACAAGUGAUAAUUUUAACCUUCCAGUAACCCUACUAGCAAUGUUAGUUCUUUACAGUUGUCUUUCAAAUAUAACAUAAAUUUAUUCCAGUCUUUCAGAAAAGUCUGAUCCUUAUGGUUCCGAAAUUUUCCCGUCAGUUUCGCCAAUUUGGUGUAGUCCAGUAAUUUCAUCUGCCACUCUUCUUUCGUUGGGAAAUCUUCCUCUUUCCAUCUUUGGGCUAAUAACAUACUCGCUACAGUUGUUUCAUAUAAGAACAAUGUUUUAUCCUGCUUAUGUAUUUCUCUACCUACUAUACGUAAUAGGAAGGCUUCUGGUUUUUUUGUAAACGUAUAUUUCUACUUUGAAUAUUUAGAAGGCUUGAGGUAAGCAAUGCAAGGCAAGAAAGGGCUUAAAUAUCCUUUCUUUUUCUUUUUUUUAAUUAAUUUUUUAUUAGUUUUCACAUUUCUAUAUAUCUUUACAUUAACCAUUUCACAUAUCCAAAAAUAAAAAUAAAUAAAAGGUUCCUUUGAACCAUCAGACUUCCCUCCCUCCAUGGGUUCUUACUAUAAUACAAAAUUAUCUUCAUCCUUUUAAAUUAUCCAACUACUAAUUGUUCCAUUAAAAAAAACCAUAUAAUAAUUUUCACAUUACAAGCAUCUUUACAUUCCUGCCAGUGAUUUUAAAUGUUUACAGUGGUCCUUUAGAUAGUGUAAAAAUUUAUUCCAGUCUUUUUCAAAUACUUGUUCUUCCUGGUUUUGGAUCUUUCCUGUCAAUUUCACCAUCUCUGCAUAGUUCAUCAGUUUCAUCUGCCAUUCUUGUUUCAAUGGUACCUCUUCUUUUUUCCAAUUGUGGGCUAGCAAUACUCUCCCUGGUGUUGUUGCAUACAUAAAUAGUUGUUUAUCUUCUCUAGGUAUCUCUUCACCUACUAUAUUUAACAAAAAGGUCUCUCAUUUUUUUAACAAAUGUCUUUUUAAACAUGCCACCCAAAACUGUUGUCAUAACUUUCCAGAUCUAUUAAAUCCGUAUUUUUCAACAAUAUCCAAUCCUGUAGCAAGCAAAGACAGAAAACCUUAUAAUGUAAGAUCUGGCAGAGAGAAGCCACCUCUUAUAUUUAAGUUAUAUAUUAAAAACUUAUAUUUUAUUCUUGGCUUCUUCCCUUUCCAGAUAAAUCUAGAUACUACUUUUUGCCAUUCCCUGAAGUGUCCCACCCCGCUCACCACAGGGAUUGAUUGAAAUAAAAACAACAUUUUCGGUAGCACAUUUAUUUUCACAGCAGAAUUCCUUCCCCAAAAUGAUAAUUUCAUCCUUCCUCACACCUCCAAAUCCCUCUUUAUUUCUUUCCACAUAGGUAUGUAAUUGUCCUUAAAUAUAUAAUUUUGGCAGUUAACCAUACCCCUAAAUAUUUGGUCUUUGGGAUUUAUUUAUGCGAUCUGUUGAAGCUUUUCUUUCAAUUGUACAGUCAUAUUUUUUGAUCAACAUUUUCGUUUUUACUUUAUUAAGUCUGAAACCAGCUACUUGUCCAAAUUCCUGAAUUCUUUCCAGUGCUUUUGGUACAGUGGAUAAAGUAUCUUCUACUGUUAUUACUAAAUCAUCUGUAAAGGCUUUCAAUUUAUAUUCUUUCUGCCCCACCCUGAUUCCUUUUACACCUUCAUCUGAUCUUAUAGCUCUCGACAGAACUUCUAAAACAGUAAUAAAUAAUAAUGGUGACAAAGAACAUCUCUGUCUCAUUCCCUUUGUAACUUCACAUUUUUUCAGUUAUAACAUUGUUAACAAUCAGCAUGGCUUUCUGUUCGGAGUAUAUAGCUCCUAGACCUGUAAGGAAGGAUUGCCCUACAUCCAUCAUCUCUAAGUUCUUUUUCAUAAAAUUCCAGGAAAUAUUGCCAAAGGCCUUUUCUGCAUCAAUAAACAUCAAUGCCGCUUGCUUAUCAUUCCUGGUCUCCAAAUAUUCUAUUACACCUAUUAUAUUCCUUAUAUUAUCUUUCAUUUGUUGACCAGGAAGAAAACCCGCUUGAUCAUUACGAAUAAUGCCUUUUAAUACAUCUUUUAAUUUAUUUGCUAAUAUGUUAGCAAAAAGUUUAUAAUGAUUGUUCAGUAGUGAAAUUGGCCUGUAAUUUUUAACCAGAAGUAGAUCAAUGUCUUGUUUUGGAAUUAAUGAAAUCUAGGUAGGCAUCCAUUCAUGAAUUUGGUAGUUUUCCUUUAUUCAUUAUAUUAUUCAUAACAUCCUUCAAUGGUAACGCUAGCUGAUUAUUUCGUUUUUUAUAAUAUUUCGCAGUCAGUUCAUCUGGGCCUGGCAAUUUGCCUAAUUUGGAAUGUCCUAUUGCUGAUUGUACCUCCAUCAUUGUAAUUGGUGCAUUCAACUGAUCCUUCUUUUCUUUUGGAAUCUUGGUAGUUUAUUCUCCUUAGAUAGUCCUUGAUUUUUUUCUAAGUCUUCUUUUCCAGCCGUAUACAAGUCCUGGUAAAAUCUUCAAAAAAAAAAUUCCUAAAGGGGCUAAAUAUCCUUUCAAGCUGCUACUCUGAUCAAAAUUAGAGUCCUCCGAUGCUACUUUAAAAAGUGUGUGUGUGUGAGAGAGAGAGAAGUAGUGAGAAACUUAGCUUUAAAAAGAAUUUUGGAAAGAUGGCUUUACAAGAGGUUUAGACAAAUUCAUGGGGAAUAAGGCUAUCAACGGCUACAGAGGCAGUAUGCCUCUGAACACGAGUUGAUGGGAGUCAGAGGAGGGAAGAGCAGUGUUGCACUCUGGCCCUGACUUCUUGUUGGGAUUUUGUUGGCCACUGUCAGAACAGGAUGAUAGACCAGAGGGGCCUGUGGGCUGAUCCAGCAUCCAGAUCUCUUGAGCAGCAUAUCAUUUUUUGACUACACUCCCAGGACACAUGGGCAGCAUGAAACCGGGGCUUAUGCUUGCUCUCUACUAAAAAGAACUAUUAUUAUUAUUAAAAUGGAAAUUCUACACAUAUGCACCUCCCUACCUCCAAAGCUGCAACCUUUACAAAUCAUGCAAAUCAAGAUAACAUGGAUCCAUUUAUUUAAUUCUGCUUCUGGUUUUCAUGGACAAAAGCAAAUAGCAUGGCAGUCAACCUUUGGCCACUGGAAAUUCUGCUCAGAGCCUCCUCUGGCUUCUGAGACACCCGUAAACCAUUUCAAGUGUUGAAGCUUACUUUUGCAUCCUUAAGGGCUAGAAACGUUAAAUUUUAAAAAGCAAGGGCAAAAGCUGGACUUCUUCAACUAUUACCAUACUGUUCAGAGGAAACGCAGCCCCACUGCCCAAGUUUAGUCAUUAUCUGAAGAGUAUCCCUGCCUCCAGGUCUGGUCCUGACCAGAAGGAUGCAGGUAUCAACAAGGGUGUCCCACAUGACCUUAAGGUGCUGCUGUGCAAUGCCAGGUCAAAGAUUCAUAAGACCACUGCCAUCCAUAAUUUGAACAUGGAUGGAGGAGUUGACCCGGCAUGUGUAACAGAAAAUUGGUUGGAUAUGGCAGGUGCUCUUGCUCCUUCUUGUUUACCAGGUUUUUCUUAUGUACAGCAGCCCAGAGCAUGUGAGCAGGGAGAGGGGUUGCAGUGAUUUUUAGGAAGUCAUUAGUUAUCAUCAGGUGUUCUAUUAGGGAGAGAGACCAGUUUUCUGAGUUCAUGUCUAGAAAUUGGGCAAUAGGAGCAGUACAGCAUUCCUAUUGGUGGACCUACGUCCCUGCUGUACCCACUGGCAGAGGAAGAGGAGUGCCGGGGGGGGGGGGGACAUGUUCCAGCACCGCCCCCCGGUGCUGGAACAUGAAGCUCCGCCACUGGCUAGACUAAGGAUUCCCUGCCUGAGCUGCUUUGUGUCGUGACAAAUGUUCUCCUGGGUACACCAGGAGCACUACCUGGUGCAACCAGCCUUCUCUGCUACCCCCUCUGCAGGGAGGUGGGACCGAUUCAAAUGGUCCUCCCCCACUACUUAAAGGAUCCAAAUGGCUUCCAGAGAGCAAUAUGGGAUGUAUUAUCCCAUGUUGAUGGCCUUUUAGCUGAUUCCCUGGUGGCCCGCUGGAAUGCGGAGUUAACCAGGACUAUCAAUUGUCUGGCUCCAAAGGGCCCUCUCUGAUUGCAUGGGGCAAGGACAGCCCCGUGGUUUCCCCCGGAGCUGAGGACGAUGAAACAAUUGCUGAGACAGCUAGAGCGCCUGUGGCAGAAAACUUAUUCUCAAUCAGACCAGACACUGGUUAGAGCUCAACGUCGAGCCUACCAGGUGGUGAUAGCGACACAAAGAGGACCUUCUUCGCCGCCUCUGUUGCAUCUGCAGGAAACAGCAGCAGGAGACUCUUUCAGGUGGUUUGCAAACUAACAGAACCACCUCCACCAUCGGGGCCUGGUGAGGACCCCAAGAUCUCUUGCAAUGAUUUUGCGAAGUUUUUUGCAGAUAAAAUCGCUCAGAUUUGGAAAGAGGUAGACUGCAUCAUGGUAGCAGGGUCAGGGUGGAAAAGUGCCAGAGCUCUGUCUAGUUAGGUUGUAUGGGAUCAACCUCAACCUGUUACCUCUGAGGACGUGGACAGGCUGCUUAGACAAGUGAAACUGACCACCUGUCUCCUUGAUGGGGAGGACCCUCUUUUCCUUCACCCCAGUUCAGCCCUGCUUGUGACACCCUGACAAUUUCCCUUAUUUAAUUUUUUAAUAGUUUUCUUCUUUGUCUGUCACCUCCCCGCCAUUUGCUAUGUAACAUCUAGCCUUAUGAAUUGCUCUGGAGGACAUGAACACUUGCUUGCUAUUUUGGGACUUUUUAAUGAUGGCCCUGAUAGAGGUAUUGUCUGAAGGUGGGUUUUGAAUCUUUUCUUAUGGACCCACCUGGUGGCUGGCUUCCUUUGCUUUUUGGGCGCACACACAGACGUUGCACAUGAAUCUGUAUUGGAGAUUUAGUGAUGCACACAUGCUGUCCUGUGCACUGGCAAAACACCCCUUCCUACAAUUCUCUGUGCCAGGGAUGGAGCACCUCCAGAUAUUGUGGUGCAUGUUCUAGUUAUCUCCCGCUUCGACUACUGCAACGCGCUCUACGUGGGGCUACCUUUGAAGGUGACCCGGAAACUGCAAUUAAUCCAGAAUGCGGCAGCUAGACUGGUGACUGGGAGUGGCCACCGGGACCACAUAACACUGGUUCUGAGAGAUCUGCAUUGGCUCCCAGUAUGUUUCCGAGCACGAUUCAAAGUGUUGUGCUGACAUUUAAAGCCCUAAACGGCCUCGGUCCUGUAUACCUGAAGGAGCGUCUCCACCCCCAUCGUUCAGCCCGGACACUGAGAUCCAGCACCGAGGGCCUUCUGGCGGUUCCCUCAUUGCGAGAAGUGAGGCUACAGGGAACCAGACAGAGGGCCUUCUCGGUAGUGGCGCCCGCCCUGUGGAACGCCCUCCCAUCAGAUGUCAAAGAGAUAAACAACUACCUGACAUUCAGAAGACAUCUUAAGGCAGCCCUGUUCAGGGAAGUUUUUAAUAUGUAACGCUGUACUGUUUUUAACACUUGAUUGGGAGCCGCCCAGAGUGGCUGGGGAAACUCAGCCAGAUGGGCGGGGUAUAAAUGAAAAGGUAAAGGUAAAGGUACCCCUGCCCGUACGGGCCAGUCGUGUCCGACUCUAGGGUUGUGCGCCCAUCUCACUUAAGAGGCCGGGGGCCAGCGCUGUCCGGAGACACUUCCGGGUCACGUGGCCAGCGUGACGAAGCUGCACUGGCGAGCCAGCACCAGCGCAGCACACGGAAACGCCGUUUACCUUCCCGCUAUAAAGCGGUACCUAUUUAUCUACUUGCACUUAGGGGUGCUUUUGAACUGCUAGGUGGGCAGGAGCAGGGACCGAGAAACGGGAGCUCACCCCGCAGCGGGGAUUCGAACCGCCGACCAUGCGAUCGGCAAGCCCUAGGCGCUGAGGUUUUACCCACAGCGCCACCCACGUCCCUUAGGGUAUAAAUAAUAAAUUGUUGUUGUUGUUGUUGUUGUUGUUGUUGUUGGACUCCAGUUCCUAUCAUCUCUGCCCAUUGGCCAUGGCAGUGGGGGUUGAUGGGAGUUAGUGUCCUGCAACAUCUGGAGGGGGCACAGGUGUUUUCUACUUGUACUCUAUACAAAUGCAUCAAGCAGUUUAAUUUUUAUAGGGUUCUUGCCAUGACCAGGAUGCCAAAAAUAAAAUAAAAAUCAAAGUGGGUUGGUGGGCUCCACUUUAUUCUUUACCUGCCCUCCACCCUAAGGUCCCAAGGCAGGUUACAGCAUUAAAAAGCAAUACUGAAAACAGUUUAAAACAAUUUUCACCAUCACAAAAUUAAGGUGGGUGCAUAGUAGAAUGGCUUAGAAUUGCUGGCGAUGCUGUCAGCUGUGCGGUGGGGGGGGGGGUGUUAAGGUUUUGCUCAAAGUGUGAUGAUAGUGUUUUGUACUAGCGGCAAGGCUUUGGCUGCCCCAAAUUGCUAAAUGCAGCUCCCUUCUCUCCUCAGCUUAAUGCCGAAGGCUCAGUGGACGAAGUGUUCCAACAGGUCUGCACUCACCUGGAUGCCCUGAAGUAAAAGCGCAGGCAAGAGCACCUGUUGGUCUCCACCCCCCCUCCCCCACCCCCACAGUUCCCUCCUCUCUCACUCUCUUCCCCACCACCAGUGAAUCUCCCUUCCUGAUGCCUCUCCCCCUUCCCACUCAAUCUUGCCUCAGAUCCUUGCAGAGGAGCCCCGUCUUUGCCUCCCCACGUGAGCCUCUCUAGUCCCCCUCCUCUCGCCUGCUUCAUCUCCGAUUUCAUCUCAGGGGUUGUGACAGCGGAAGUGGUGUUAUCCUGUUUUCAUGGACGGAGCCUCGUUGGAGGAAAUUUCAAGGACAUUAUGUUUGGCUCCCUAACCUUCUCUCCAAAGUAAAGUUCACUUUCAUGAGCUGAGAUGUUAUUUUUUUUAUCUUUUACCCCCUUCCCCCUUCUCCUUCUUUAACAGGAAAAGCUCUCAUGUUAUGUUCAGAGGUUGAUUAAGGGCAGGAAACUGCAUGUUUAUCCCACUGCAGAGUAUUCAGAGAAGGAGAUCUUAUUUUCUCUGGAUGAGUGGCAUGUAAAAUGAGGCUGCAAAGGGGACGUUCUCUGAUCCUAGUAAUUCAGUGGAAUGCCAGAGAAAAGCUAAGGCUGGGUCAUGAUCUUUUAAAAACCCAGAGCCUGCUUUGAAAAUGCAGCUAGAGUUUCACCCUAUAAUGCAGGAUAACAGCACCUGUCUGUUGCAAAUAUAAACACAAAUAUUAGUCAAAAUAAUUUGUCACAUGGAAGCUGGAACAUAAGAACUUAAAGUGCUUGGCUUGCAAGUGGAUGGUUAUAACACGCUUUCUACCUAAGUGGAUGGUUAUAACACGCUUUCUACCUAUUGUUUGAGAUAACCAUCUUUAGUGAAGACCAACACUUUAUAAUGCUCUGAAAUGAUUGGCUGAUGUUACUCAUCAAUGGCAGGAGAGGUGCUGCUGAUAAUUGGGAAUCUCUCUCCACCCUUUGAAAUGUAACCCAAUAAAUCACUUUGUAAAAAUAUGUAAUUAGGGGAAAUUGUGUACAAAAUGUGUGUAUUGGGAUAAAUUUGCACUAAAAUGCUGAUGAAUUUUUGAUGGGGGCUUUAAUUUAAAAACUUGCAAACUGAUGUGUUGUGAAAAUGAAUUUGCAAUGUGGUAGAGGCAGGGAAUGAGAACCCAGGAGAACCAAAAGUGGCAGAUUUCCCCAUCCCUAUUUAGUUUGCGGAUCAUCCUCUGAAUGCUGUAAUUCUGCUUCUACAAGGAAAGCUGCUCCACCCCAGGGCAAGAAACCCCUGUGAUUUUUCUGUGGUUACUUGAUAUCAGGGCUUUUUUCCAGCUAUAACUUACCAGAACUCAGUUCCAGCACCUCUCAGGUGGGCACCAUUGCCAUUCUAAGAGAACAUGUUGAGUUCUGGCACCUCUUUUUUUAGAAAAAUAGCACUGCUUGUGCUAUAACAUGGCAUGGUGGCAUAGAGGAAGGGGGUGUGGUCAGAUACUUAAAGGACUUUUGCACAGGCCCAUGAUGGAAACUGGCACAAAUUUCCCCAUACACACUUGUAUACGGAUAGACACUUCUGGGAAAUUAAGUUGGUUAGCUUGGUAACCUGCUACUCUAUGAGCAAAGCUUUUUUUUAAGUUUUAAAGGUGGGGAUGGGGACAGGGGACCCACUGCCUGGGGUUUGGGGACCCCUGGGCCAUCUCCUAACAAUGCCCCUGCCCAGGAACACAACCACAAAUAAGAGACCCAGUUUUUCAGUGGAAGAAAGGUGGUCUUUUUCCUCUAGUACAAUGGGAGGCUUUUAACGGCUUCGUGGGCUGCAAGUGAGAUCCUUGUGACCAAAUGCCCCUCUGUUCCCCACUCUCCAAACUGUACACCUAGAAAAGCAGCACAUCAUGAGGGAAAACUUUGUUCUGUGUACAAUGGGGGUUGGAGGUCAGGCCCCAUUCCUUCAAAUAAGCCCCCACCUAGAGUCUGAAGUGGUUUAUCUAAGACUCCAGUUGAAGACUGCUGGGUUUCUAAAAACAUAAUCACAGAAAAAUUAAGGGGAUCUUGUGUUACCCAUCUCAACAGAAAACUAAUUUGCAGUGAGAUUUCUUCCUUUGAAAGAAGGAGACAAACAGGCAUGUAAACUUUCAUCCUAGAGUGGGCUAUGAAAGGAGGUGGCUGGAGGCCAGACGACCCCUUGUCCCCAUUUAAUCCCUUACCACUUCAUUCCCUUAGCAGCCAUAAACUACAAAUUGACAGCUUCUAUGUGCCUUUUUCUUUGGUCUGCUGGUGAAAAUAUUUGAGUAGGAGCCCAUCUCUGCCAGUCUCCCUUAUUUCUCUGUCUCUGUGGAGCAGGAAUGGGGGACUUGCUGGAGCCCACCUCUCAUCAGCCCCAGGCAGCAAGGAUGAUGGGACUUGUAGUCCAGCAGUAUCUAGAGAGCCACAGGUUUCCUGUGUGAGCUGUAGGGAGACUUUGAAUCAAGAGUUCUUCAGCCUUGGGCCCCCAAUAAUGCUGGAUUGCAGCUCCCAUCUGCCCCAGCCAGCUUUCACCCAUGGUCAGGGAUUGUGGGAGUUGUAGUUCAACAACAUUUGGGGACCUAAGGUUGAAGAACAUGGCUCUACAUCGCAGGUGGAGCCUCUGGCCGUCUUUAUAUUACUGAACUACAACUUCUGAUAUCCCUGCCCAUUGGCCAUGAUGGCCUGGGCUGAUUGAGAGUUUGAGUCCAUCUGGAGGGUUGAAGGCCUCCCAUCCCAGCUCCCUAUGCUUCAGGGAGAGAGAGAUUUGGGAGUGGGGAGGGGUGGGACACAACCGAAGCCCGGGAUGGUGUACCUGAACUCGGGUGGGAUUUUGUAAUGUGAACACUGUGCCUCAUUUUCUUUCUCUCUGAUUACUGGAGCACUCCAAACUCACAGAUAGCAUUUCGCAUGCACCCAGAUGCGUUAUAACGGUAUCCAGUUCUUUUGUACAAUGAUUUCUAAUAUUUAUAUAAGUGGGGAGAGGGGGGAAGCCCCCUUGCAUCCCACCCAGAGUCUUAAAGGCCCUCUGUCCGCAGGCCUAAUGUCCGAAUGUAUUUAUCAUAUCAUUAUUAAAGAGUAAAAAGAAUGGCAACCAUGUAACGUGUGUGCGCGCAUUAUGUCAUCGCCAACCUUUCUGGCAUUUCCUCUCUUGGUUGGAACUACUGGCCACAAAGGCUCUGUUCUCCCCCCACCGUCAGACACAGUCUGCCUCUGAACACCCGCUGUUGGGAAUCACAGGUGGAGAGUGCCCUGUUUGGCACAGGCCCUGCUUGUGGG